UCUUUUUCUCUGGCUUUUUCCAGGCUUCAUGUCAUACCACGGCUAAUUCCUGAAAUUCCUGCCCUCCUCUCGCUUCAAACACAACAGCUUCAGGAAGGAGACCGGGCAGCAGAAAACUAAGAAAAAAGAAAAACAAGAGAGAGACAGUGAAUAACUCCUGAUUUUUGACUGAAAUUAAACACUCCUCCACCUGCCUACCUAGCUGCCAGAGCCUCACCAGGUAAGCAAAUUGGAGUAUUUUACUCUUUCUCGGUGAAAUGUUUAGCUCUCAUGUUCAGGCUGAAUUGGCGUCUUAAGUCGUGGCGUGUAAACUUUCACUUUGUUGAGUUUUUGCGUGGAUGUGGAGUCAGUAUUUCUCUCCACUCUCCCUCUGAAUCCUUCUCACUCACUGUCCGAGAUAACAUUCCUCAAAUAUCUUACAUUUCUUCGCUCGAAUUCCGACAUUUUUUUCUUUAAUUCCUCCGCUGCAGUGUGUGUGAGCGAUUCUUGGACUUCCUGUGACUUCAGCCGGGAAACUUUCUUUUUUUGUUGUUGUCAGUGUUUUGAGGGAAUAAGGUCAGAGCCGAGUGGUCAAACAUUAUUAGCACAUUAGCCUGCCUGUUUAAAGUUUUACACCUGGAGACUGCUAUCAUUGAAACAGCCUCUUUAUUCACACAGUUACUAACUUCACUGAGGUUUUUCUCCCUCUCUAUCAACAAGUGUGUGUGUUGACUAAAUGUAACCUGACAGCAGCGGUGCCACUCUUAUUGUUCCCUCUCUGUGUUUCUCCGUCCAAAACAUGAUUAACUUGAACAAAAUAAUGUUUAAUAGUGAUUAAAAUAUAUGUUUGUGAGCACACUUGAUGAUAAGUUAAAGUAAAGAUGUUCAUGUUAGACAUAUUUUAGUGUACAUGUUCAGCUUCAAAUGUUACACUUAUGUUUAAUUAUCCAGAAUAGGGGAGACUAGGGAAAGUUUUCACAUUUUUCACAUUUUUCUUCAUAGUACUUUGAAUACUCUUGCCAUGUUUUUGUAAAAGAAACAUAUAUAUCUGUGCUUUUGUGUGCAGUGAUCAACAAAGCUUUCCACGUAGGUCAACUGCUGAAUCAAUUAUAAGUAAAACGCAAGGAUAUUAAAACUUUAACAACCUAUUGAAGUGCAAAUAAAUAACACAUGGAGGUAGAUAAAAUUCAUAUCCAGUCUCAAAAAUGCUACUUAAGUGUCUUCCUGUAGUAUAUGGUUGAAUUUUUUUUAUUUGAAUCCAAACUAAAGUAGUACUAAGCAGGUUUAAGUACAACAGAUCAUCAGAUAUCACACUAUAUUCAAUAUAUUUUGAUAUAAGACACAAAGAAAUGUUUUAACAUGAAGCACAGAAAGAUGAAAACAUUAGAACUGCACUGUCAUGCUGGGGUAAAUUGAGUGGAAUAAAAGGAAAAAGAGAGAAAGAGACUAAUUCUACCAAAUUCUAACAAAUAAUUUGUAAAAGAAACAUAUAUCUGUGCUUUUGUGUGCAGUGAUCAAUACAGCUUUCCUCGUAGGUCAACUGUUUAAUCGAUUAUAAGUAAAACGCAUAGUUAUUAAAACUCUAACAACCUGUUGAAGUGCAAAUAAAUAACAAAUGGAGGUAGAUAAUAUUCACAUUUAGUAUCGAAAAUGCUACUUAAGUGUCUUUCUGUAGUAUAUGGUUGAAAUUCUUUUGAUUUGAUUCCAAACUUAAGUGGAAAACUGAAUUUUAAGAGUAAGAAUAAGAAGAACUUUAUUUAUCCCCGAAGGGAAACUCAAUUGUCUGUUGUCUCACAUAAUAUGUCUCUAAAAGUUAUCUAUUAUUUACACAAGAGUUAUCAAGUCUGAUGGCUGUUGGGCUAAUGUCAGACUAAUGGUUGAGAUGAUGAAAUUAAAACAGAUGUCAGUGUUAGUAUGUGUUGAACAUGUCAGUUUUUUUCUUAAUAAGCUCAGUGUAGAUUCAUUCAAACUCAUCACAGCAGAAGAAAAGUAUUACACAACCAAAAACAGACCUCCAUACAACAAAGACACUUUUCAGUUUCAAACCUCUGCUGGGUGAAUUAAUCUGAGCUUGUGCAGAAUGAGCUUUUGCGCGUCAAAUCAUCCCUGGUCUCCCCUACUGUGGUGUAAGAGCGUUUUUUGUUUUUUUUUGUCCUAAGGUUUAACAUCAGAGACAAUGUCAAAGGGCUCCAUUAAAACCAGAACAAGUGCAUCACUUGUAGUAGAUGGUUGUUGUCAGAGUUUUGUUAAGUACUGGGAAACUAUUCAGCUCUUGCCAAUGUUACUGUUGUUUUAAUGACAGAUGAGCUGCAGUUUAACGCCAUAACAAGGUGUAGCUGAUGCUUUUAUUUUUACUUAAAUGUGUUUUUAAAAUCAGUGAAAAACAACAUUUCAUUCUGAAAAAUUAUAACAAGCAGAAUAAAGAAAACUGAAAAUAAGUUUCACUCAAGAACAUUACUUUUUGAAAUCUACUUUGCCCUUGUGAAGAAAUAUCCUUAACUAAACGUUACAAUUUCAUGGGUUAUUUAUUAUUUGAUUAUUAGAAGAGAAAAAGCAAUGAGCAAAACCCUUUCGUGUAGUUUAAAGUGACAUACGAAAUGUCUCUUAAAAACAUCAGAACAAACCAGCACAAACACCUAGGUACUUAAAACUUGUUUGUUAGCUCAGUAAAAUAACUCCUCCACCCUCUGUGUAUCAUAUGUCUUUCAGUAAACUGUUUAUUUUGUUUGUGCAGGACUCUCCUUUUCUUAACGUUGGUAAUGCAGCAACUAAGAACAAAUUUUCUUCCGAAAGUCAAAAAAAGCUUUUAGUUGCACACCAUGACAUGCUGUCUGGUGCCACUGUGCAAGUGUUUUAUAUCGUUUUGUGUAUCUCAGGGUGGAUUAUGUGUGAUGAUAUGCAAUUAUUAUAAGAAGGUGAAUUCAUUUUUUUAUCAAAUGUGACAUUUAUUCCUUUACAUCUUUAAUUAUCACUUAAACUCAGACAGUUGUACUUUUAAGGCUUGGUUAUAACCGUCUGUGCAGGUCUGUAUGACUUUUACACAUGAACCUAAGGUUGAUGAUCACCUCACAGAACAUGAUCUAUCUAUUUUGAUUAAAUGUGACAGUAUUGAGAGAAAUAGAGUUGACUCUCCUCAAUUACAUCAUCCAAAACUUUUAGUUUUCUGCAAUUAAUUCUAAUUUUUAGACUUUAAAAAAGCAACGUUUAAGAAAAUGUGAAGUAAAAAGGUAAAAAAUGACCAUGCAGUGACAAACAAAAUAUUCAACCUCAAGUUUAGGAUUGGGUAAAAGAGCAAAGAGUCCCAUGAAAGCCUUUAAAAAUUUAUCCUACCCUGCUUCACAUUCAACAUUACAUAAAAAGACUGACUUUGGUCAUUUUCUGCAUUUAGUGUGGCUAACUUUUCUCUCCAUAAUGACACUGCUGCUUUAACUCUUCAAAAGAUCCAAAUGCUUCUUCAAACAGGUGAUAAUACUGGCUCGUCAUAAUCCAUUCAAAUACUUGGUGCAGGUGUCUUUAAAAGAAGGAUUAGGAAAUUAAAAAUGAUGAGACGUGUGAGAUUAUUCCAGCGUGUUAUUUUAGAUUUUACUGUAAGACUCUAGAAAGGUUUGUUUCAAAAUGGACAACAUAGAGCAAGGUUAUAGAAAAAUAAUACUUCUAGAGUGAUGUAACUUGUACCUCCUAAGAAAUCACAGAUUUUAAUAUGCUGGUAAAAUGAAGAGAGGUCUUUUCACGAUAAGUAUGCAUGAUUUUUCUAAACUAAUUAUUUAUCUGAAAUAUUUGAUGAAAGCAAAGAGAGAAAACAAACUGCAAUCUCCAAAUGUCAAGGUGAUGCAGUGUCACAACAUACAGUGGCAUUAAUUUCUAAUGGCUUACAGUUAAAAUUCAACAUGUAUCCAGAUACUUAAAGAGGAGACAAAGAAAACGGGGGAAACACGUUUGAAAAGCUUCAGUUUUACAGUAUUGAUAAAAAUAUCUUGUUUUUCACAAUAAGCAGAAAUGUUGUGAAUAUUUUUCUGUCGAUGGAGUUAAUGACUAUAAAUUAAACGAUAUUUUUAAAAAUGAUGAAAGAAAAAUCUAAUUUCUUGUCCUUGGUCGUGUUCAUACUGUGCAGAGUUUGCAGUAUAAGAUGUGUGUUUGAGUAGUUUUUUUCCAUUUAACUCUGGUGUGGAGAAGUCGGUGUGUUGGCGAGUGUUUUCACUGAGUGUUUUCAGCAGCUAACAGAGGGGUUGCUGCGGCUUUGUGUGUGUGUUCAAGAGCAAGUGUGUGUGUGUGCGUGUGUGUGUUAUGGUGUCCCCAGGGCAGCUGAGCAGAGUGUGUUUUCCAGAGGGGCAACAGGUGGAAUGGAGCAGGGUGACAGUCUGACUAGGGGGAGGGCGGGUUGUGAAAAACACACCUGUCAAAGCUUCCUCUGAAGUGUUUGACAGCCAGAGGAGUUUGGGUUUUUUCCAGGCCUUGGACCUUUUUGUUUUCAAGGCCUUGGGUCCACUAUUGUCCUAGACAGAUGAAUUAUAUUGUAAUGUGAACUCUAAGGUUGUAUUGUUUGAAGGUGUAUCUCUGUGUGUGUGUGUGUGUGCACCUGUGUGUGGGGGCUGCUGCUGCGUGUGUGGGUGGGAAGGACUCGACCUGGAGGUGCGUUACUGUAUGUGUGUGGGUGAAUGAGCAGAACAAGGAGUUAGCGCGAUGGGAGUCAGUGCGCUGCGUGUGUGUAAAGUUGCCUUGAGACAGGUCCUCUCCACGGUGGACGACUUUUCUUUUUUACUCAUCCCACAUAGCAAUCAGUGUGUGUGACUUCUGCAUGUGUGUGACUGUGUUGUCCAUUGAUUCCAGCUACUCUGAUAGAUCUCUCUGUUGAAUUAUCUGGGACUGUUUGAUAGACGCUCUGUCCACUCUGGAUGCCAUUAGAUAAGGAGUCAGAGCUGUGGGAUUGAACACUGGAGAAACAAGAUGAAAUUCCAGGAAAUAUAGUCUGUGUUUACAGGACGCGUUUCUGUGUAUUUUGAUCCAUUUCUCUUUAUUUAAAUCUGCCAGAGCUGAGUGACUCAUAACCACAUAUUAUAUUCACAUAUAAAAAUGAAGCAUAUUGGAACAAAAAGAAAACACUACAACUCCUCAGUCCUCCAUAAAAAAAAAUUAUAAUUGGAGAAAAAAUGAUCCAUAUUGAAAACAAAUAAUUAAAAAUGAAUGAAAGUAACGCCUAAACUGGAAACAUAUUUAGAUUAUCCAAAUAAUUUCAGGCAAGUAUACACCAUGGUAUACAUUCAACUUCAACAUAUUUACAUUAUAAUCAGUUCAGGACAGUCCAGAUAGAGACCAGUAAUAUACUGUGAAUCAUUUUCUACUUAUAUUGCUUCACUCUCACUACACAACUUCUAUAUCAACCCAGGUUUUGGAAUAACCAUAACUAUGAUUUUAUUAAUUUAUUUUUUUCAAGAUGUUUUUUUUUUUUUAUGCCUUUAUUUUGAAAUAACAUUAUGGCAAAUCAUGGUACUAGAGUUGCUUCUUUGAGGCCCCACUAUACUGGGUGCAUAAUUAAAAGCUAUAGUGACUUUUACAUGUCCCAAGGUUCUACAAGAGGAGAUGAUACAAUGCUGAUCAGGCCAUUCGGCGAGUAACUUUAGUAAACAGUUACAGUCCAUGUACUGUGACAAGCAGUAUGCCGUGAGUCGUGAGUGUUACUCCGUGUAAAAAUAAUAAUAAGAGUAAGAAUAACUUUGUUUUAUCCCAGAAGAGAAAUUAAUUCGUCUGUACGGGUUACACCGGGCUGUACGUCAUAUUGAGGUGCCAGCUGUAUUGUUGUAAUGAUACAGAAAUCCUCUAGGGGGCGAUAUAAGUUGCGCACUAUAGCUUUAAUCACUGACCUACACCAGCAUAACAAAUGGCAUUAAAUUUAUGAACAUUCGAAUACAAACGCACUAAUCCUGCCUAGCUCAUACCUCCUCUCCUUCAUGGGGGAGAGGCAUACAUAUUUAGGAAAGCAUUUGAUUAGCUGCAAAACUUGAUCAGUCAUCAACAAUUAAUAUUUCCAGAAAAUGCCAAACUCAAAAACUUUGGAAUAAACAUGAUAACGUCCCUCAAGGUUCCAUAUUUGGUCGCAGUAGUUCAUUAUUUGUAUCAACAAUAUAUGUAGCAAAAAAAAUCUUUUUAUGCUGAUGACACUAUGAUAUAUAAUUCUGCCUUUCCACAUCCGUGUGAUGCGAUUAAGGAUGACGUCCAGAAGAAUCUUAUAGAAUUGAAUUCACGCUUGAAUGCUAAGCAGAAAUGAUGUGCUUAUUCAGGUGUAAGAGGACAGAUGACCGCAGGUAUCAGAUUCAUACACACAUGAAGACAUUAUGUCUGUAAAGUAAAAGCCCACAUCGAUGCAUAUGAGUUUCUGUGUUGAAUGUAUACAUGAAUGUAGGGUUUGGAGACCCCCGCUGUUGCAGCUCAGUGGGACUUGGUGCCAGAGAACAUGUGCUUCAACAAAAACCCCAACAAAACAAUCUUGUUAGCCUCCAUCGGCUCUCACUGUGACUUUCCAUCGCAUAGCCUGAUCCUGUAGCGCUGCCUUAUUCUCAGACUGCUUCCUGCCUUUACAUUCCCGACCUGAUUAGUGAAGAUUGUGACCAGUUGAAUACUCACACAUACUCAUAACACAUCCACACACACUCACUGAUUACACACAGAAAUGUACAGACAGAUAGAUCGACUAAAACAUGUGCAAAAAGGGAAGCAGGUUUGACAGUUUUAUUGAGUUUCAAAGCACAGUGGACCACGACAUUUCAACUAAAGGGUUUAUCCUUUAAAUUUCAGACUUUUCUUACAUAUUGAUCACUACUCCUCUGACCUUUGCACCUUUUUCUGUUAACUUCUGAUAAAGAACCUUUAAACUAACAGGAUUGACAGUUUACUCGCUAUUAACUUCAUGGAUUUAUAGGGAAGGAUCACUGCGAGGGUUAAAACAGAUAUUGGCUAAUAUCAUGUGUGCUUGUAUUAACCUUUGAGCGUUUAUCAGUUUAAGAAAGAGCAUUGUUUUCAAGUUUCACCUCCAGGUUUCAAAAAUUUCCACAACCAGACAAACUUGAGUGUUUUUUAAAAUCAUUUUUUUAAAGAGAAACUCAACAACCAUUGAAUGCACUUCAUGUUGCAACAUGAUUGCUUGCAAGGGGUGUUGUGCAAGAAACCAUGCCAAAAAGUAGUAACUGGGGUGGUGCAGGGCUGCCAUCUCUCUCUUCCACCCAAAGUUGCUGGGGCAAGCACACCAAGACUUAAAACAAGCCCCAUUAGUUAAAAAAAUCUAAAACCAAAGUUGAAUCCUAUGUUGAAAUUAACGCGACAAAAGCUCGUUAAAUAACUCACCCAUUGUGAGGCGUUCAGGGUCGGGUUGGUUAAUUGAGAAUGAUUUAUGAGUCAAUGAUAUGUUUUCAUGGUGCGUUCAAUGUCACGUCUAUAAAAAAACCUGUAUGGACACACUUCUUUGGAGGACAAUAACAAUAAUAAUAAAAAUUAAUGGCGGUGAAGAUAAGCAUGUUGGAGCUUUAUCAGCUACAUUUAUUUUAUAUUUGCUUCCCUUGUCUACUUAUCUUGGCAUGCCAAUAUAGAUGAUGCCAUUAUUAAAACUAUGAUUUACUCCAGGAGAAAUGUCAAUAUUAAAUAUACUUGCAGAUAUUUUGAGUUUUGGCAUCUGCAGUCUUGUAUUUGUGUGUUUGAUUUAGCUUUGAAUGUUUUCUUUGAGUUAAUAUCGAAGCAUCUUUCACACCUGAACGGCGUGGUUUUCUUCCAUGUUGUGCAUUUGUCCCAGCUGAUGAAUGUGUAAGUGUGUAUGUGCAGUCGUGUUAAGAGGUAGGGGGGCAGCCGAGGGGUUAUGUGGCCCCUUGACCACAGCACCAGCUGGGGGAUUAUCCUUUUGGGCUGAUCCAGAGAAGAGGGGCCUCGCUGGGGCUGGAUGAGGAGGGACGGGGGGCUGGAUUGGCGAGAGAGGGACGGAGGAGGAUGAUGGCUGAGUAGGCAGAGGAGGGGGAGCAGGGGGCUGUUUUAAGGCUUGGCUUAGGCUAAUUAACCUCCUGGCUAUAAGGCACUGAGCGGCACACUAAUGAUUUACGGCCUUCGCAAAUCUCUCCGAGACAUGCAGCAGCCCUGAGCUGGAGUUACAGGUAGUUUCAAACAGGCGACUAAAACAACAAAAGCCAACUUGACUUGUACGUGUGACCUCAGGAAGUUUUGUUUUCUUGAGAUUUAAUGAAUCCAUUGUCUCACAGCAGAGUAGCUGUUUGUCUCGUGAUCAAGAUUAGGAUUUAUUGGAUUUUGCACCACAAAGAUUAUGGACUAAUUUGGGUUUUCAUACGAAUAAUCUGAAUAUGAAAAAUUGUUUUAAAUUAGUUUAGCUCUCCUUUCAUUAAAAGUAAGAAUAAUCAGUCACUUUAGAAGUUGAACGUCUUAGUUUCACAGGAAAGUAUAGAAAUAUCGUAGUAGAUGUAACAUCAGGCAUUGGUCCCUCUGUCUGAGAAGUUUCGCCCGGUGAAAAAUCUUUUUUAAACUUUAUCAGUGAAAGAAAUCAGGGCCUCAAACCUUCACAGCCUCACGAGAGAGGACCUGUUAACUAGUUGAUUAUGAGAAAUGUCACACUCUCUUUACUGUGGUGUAUCUCUGUGUCGCUUCAGAUUUUCCUCGAGGGUCACUCAGAGUUUAAAGGUUAGAUGUUUACGCUCUUCCUCACAAGGCACCAGAAAAUACCUCCCAGGAUGAGUACUUCUCGUUAUUUAUAAAGACAUUUUUAUCUUUGAUCUCUCUAGUCCUCUACGUAUCGUCUCGGUAUACCUUCAAAAAGUUCACACUCUUCAUUUAGAAGCUGUCAUUAACCGUCUAAAGGGGCAGCACUUUGGUUCAGGGGUUAAAUCAUGCACCUUAAAUACAGGGACUGCAGUUAUGUACAGCUGUGACCUUUAGCCACAUGUCACCACCUACCCACAUUUCUUGUCUCUUUUCAGCUGUUCUGCUAGAUAAAGGAAAAAAAUAACAAAAGGGGAAAAUAUAAAACAUUAAAAGCCUAAAAGGUCAUUUAAGAAAAGAUUAAAAGUGUAAUAAAAGCUAAAAUAGACAGUAAAACCAAAAUAUGAGAGAUAAAAGACAGCAUCACAUAAAAGUGAGUUUUUAAGACUGACUUGAAAGAAGCGACUGACUCUGCAUGCCUUAAUUCCUCUGGCAGGUUGAUCUAAAUUCACAGAGCUCUGAUGGAGACAUAAAUAUUGAGUAUUUUAGUAUUAAUAUUCCCACUUCUGAAGUAGCUCUAGGUUUAUGUGCAAUGUAACAGACAAGCAGCAAAUCAUUACACAGGAUAAACAUGUUGAUCUUCAAAACUUUUAAACAAGAAUCCAUUCAAAUUAAAAUUUGGAUGGGUUCCCCAUGUCUAGAUCUGAAAACAACACUCCAGGCUUCUACAUUUACAUCUAUUCAGGCCUGUGUGUGUGUGUGUGUGUGUGUGUGUGUGUGUGUGUGUGUGUGUGUGUGUGUGUGUGUGUGUGUGUGUGUGUGUGUGUGUGUGUUUAUGUCUGUGUGUGUGUUUAUGUCUGUGUGUCUGUGUAUAUGAGGCAAAGAAAGAGAGAUUGGAGGAACGUCUGACCGGCCGGAUGCUUUACAGGAAGUGUUGUGGGACAUCAGGGGGCUCAGAGGAAACUCAAAGGGGGGGUGCACACUGACUGGAGAGUGUUACUCACUCCAUUCAGCGCACUGACUCACUCACACCAGGUCUCUGUGUCCACUUCUCAAUAGGAGCCUUCACACGACACACACACUCAUGUUCGGGAUUAGUCCUGACCUUCAGAUCCCUGCUUUUCCCUUUUUUUGCCUUAGAUGGACAUGGAGGUUUCGGACAUGAAAUAUGGCAGGAAAACACAAGACUCUGUGCUGAGCACUGACUCAUUAGUCUUUCUUGGUUGUGACCCAGCACCGCUGCCUGAUGUCACGUUUCUUCUGUGGACAGGAAGAGGCGGAGCUUCAUCUGUGUCACCUAAAUGUUUACGCAAACAUCCUAAACAAAUAAAUUUGAAGAGAAAACAGGAAGUGAAUGUGCUGCUGCUUCUCUCUGGAUCUGAAAACCUUUGACGGUCCAUUUUUUAACAUGUCAUGAAAAGUCGCUGGAAUGUGACGUUAAUCUUCUUAAUGAGUCCGCUGGUUAUUGAAAUAUAUUUCCAUCAAAACAACGCACAACACAUGGACUAUCGAGUCUCAGCUGUGGGUCUUUUCUUUUUGAUAAAACACUCAUCUGUGGUAUUGAUGAAGACACAGGCAGCCUAAAAAGCCUCCUGGCAUUCAUAUCCUGGCAUGAUCCUCCCUGGCAUGUGUGUCUAAGUGUGUCUGAGGACCAUGAUCCCACUUUAAUGUGUCUCCUCAUUUGUUUACUUAAGGCCCCUGGUGCCUCCUCCUCAACCCUCCUCCCUCCUUUUUUCCAGCUGUUGCAGUUGUCUCGACUUUGGUUUUUACCUCCUAAUCAAUGAUUCCCUCGUUUCGAUGAACAGCUUUGGGAUCAUGUACUCUACUGUAACCUCCCCAUGUACUGUCCUUGAUUAUUUCUGUACAUUUGUGUUCUUUUAAAAUGGUAAAGGCUUAUAUCGGGGCAAAAUGGUGGAGAGUUCCUUCGUAAAACUUUUCUUAAAAGUGAUUCCGAGGUUUUACUCCAACCAUCAAAAAGGUUUAAAAAGUAGUCCAUCUUCUAAGUCUUUGCAAAAUACCCCCUUUAAAGUUCAAACUUGAUCAAACUCUUCCUAAUCACUAUUAUUAUCCCUUUUUUCUUGAUUCCUCAGGUCUGUCUUGUGACAUUAUCAUCAACUCAUCAGUGGAAUUCAUACCGGCAGGCCCACUUCCUGAAGCCCCUGUCUCCUCUCUCCUCCUCUCCUCUCCUCCAGCCCUCCACCACCUGCUCUGUGGUCCCAUCUCCGCUGUCCCACCACGUCUGCGGAGUGGGUGCCGGCUCCCUCCCCCAGGGGUGGGAGUGAGGAGCUGGGGGAUGGACUCGACAAACCCCUGGAGAAUGAUGCGGAGGGUGUGUGGAGCCCGGACAUUGAGCAGAGCUUCCAGGAGGCUUUGGCUAUCUACCCACCCUGUGGCCGCAGGAAGAUCAUCCUCUCAGACGAGGGCAAGAUGUACGGUAUGCCUACCUUCUACUCAUACUACAAUGAUGUGUCUUUUUCUUCCUUGAGGAGAUUAUAAACACAGUAUCUGAGGACCAACUUACAGACGAGCCGGGGUUUUGGAUAAUGACCUUUGUUGACUGUGAGAGCAACAGAGCAUUUCUUCACUAUAGUUUAGCGGUCCAGAUUAGCUUUUUCAGAAACAACACAGUAAACAGUUUUGUAAUUUAUGUGACCGUUAUGUUGCUACCACAUUAAUCUGAGGAUUUAUAUACUUAAUCCCAAACUUCUGAGUUAGUUAUCUGUAUUGGAAAGCCUCGCGAUUCCUUAUUAGCCAUCGUUCAGCCUAUUUAGAUGUCAUGACUCCACAUUAUUGCAGUGAGAUAUCUAUCACAGAUAUCUACCGAUCAAAAAAGUAUUCACCAGAUCUGUUUGAUUGAAGCGUUCAGAUGUGGUGUGUGAUAUUAAGUUAGAUUAGAUUAGGCACAUAAUGAUAGAUGGACAAGACAAGGUCUCAUAGCUGUGACAGUUCAUUUGUUUUUACUGAAGAAGGUACCGGGUUUAUAUGUCAAAGAGGAAGGCCUUUAUGGACUCGCCUCCGUCUGACAAAUAUAAUUGUUCUGUGAAAUUUUUCACAUCUGUCAUGAAUUGACUCAACAAUAAAAUGGAGAAGACUUUCCUCUACUUUUAGCUCAUCAUAUUUGGAUAAGAGUCAAGAGACAUGAGUGAACAGAUCAUCUCAGUAGCAAUAAGACACAAAACUGGAGAGAAGUGCUCGUGAAAAGACAAUAAUAUGGUUAACUCCAAGUCUGAUCUCAUUGGUCAGAAAAUGGAACCUGAUUGGUAAGUUGUUCUUCAUGAUAGAAAUGUUAAAGUGCACAAGCCGAUAAUUGGGAGCCAGCCUAUAUUCACCUGUAUAGGCUGUCAUUCUGGUCAUGAUAAGAGGCCGUUCUGUAUGUGAGUGUUUACAAUAUUUCUCUGACUGGAAAAGUUCAACCUGAGAGAAACAUUUUGCUGGCAAUAUUGAGAAGACAUGAAAAAAUUAGUGAGAAAAGUAUAAAUAGGGGAAGAAAAAAAAUCAACUUUGGUAAAUAAUUCAUCUGACUCAUGUUAGAAGCGACCAGAUAGAGCAUUUACAGGCUUCUUCUAUCUACUUCACACCUUUAUUUUCCUUAUUUCUCUUACUUUAGGGUCGAGUUACAUUAGUGAAAGUGAAACUAAAUAGGUUUAGUCUUUCCUGCUACAAAAGCUGUGGAAUAAUAUCUUUGUUAAACUCAACAUGUGAUGUAGUGUGUUCAGAGUUUUAGGUUGAAAAAGCUGUACAGGCUGUAAACCAGAGCUCACACCAUGACUGAACACAAAGUCUAACACAGCGCACAAACACACAUUUGUUUCACUUCUUUCCCUCUCCCACAUACACUCCAGUUCACCACCUCUCCGCAUGUUCAUGUUUCACAUCACUCCUGUUCCCUGCACAGCUGUCGGCCCAAGUUCUUCCCAUCCCGUACAGUAUGAUGAAUCAUAAACCUGUGCACACCCUCCAAUCACUCAUUAUCCACUCAUAAUAAUCUACAGCAGAAGCCAUGAUAUUUCACUGGCUAAAAUGUAGAGUGAAAUCCAGAAGCACUUCAAAGUGAAAAUUAAAAACAGGAUCAGUUAGCUUUGGUUAGCUUACAUAGCAUUUAGCAUAUACUGGCUAAGCUAGCUAAGCUAAAGAGGUAAUUGAAAUCUGUUUUUGCCUUUAGGUUGUGUUACCAUUUAAUAACAUAAAAUCCAGGCAUAAAAUAUUGUGUCAGAUAGUCUUUUAUUUCUAAUUAAGUAGUUGGAUACUAACUACUAACUACUGUCAUCUGAUUCAUGCUAAUCCUUUACCUCUCUCUUUAAGAGUUGCACUUUGUUGAAUUGUUGAGCGAUAAACAAGUGUUUUUUUCUUGAUUGCUCACAACCUAAAACACAGCAGCAUGAUAUUUUAGCUCCCCAGCUGAACUAGAAGAAAGUGGUUGCCGUAAGUAAAGUAGUUGAUUACCUAAGAAAAUUAAAUAGGGUGACCAUAUUCUGAAUCCCCAAAAAGAGGGCACAACUACGCGGGGGUGAAGUCACAGAGUCGUGUGUGGUUACUUUGAGAGUUUUUUGGGUCCGAUUGAGUACAUUUUACAUGCUUCCAACUCAGUAAGUCCACGCAACACAAACUCAAAACUUUCGUACAAAACUCCAGACAUUUGAAGGAUUUUAUAAACUCCCCCGGACAAAGCGGGACAAGCCCCCCCAAAAAUAGGACAUGUUUGGGUAAAAAAGGACGUAUGGUCAGUCACCCUAAAUUAAAGCUUCACUCCUUUCUGGAAGUUUAAAAAUCACUACAAUUACAGUUCAUUUUAAAAUAAAGCCUGUACAUUGAGCCGUAUCAAAAUACAGGGAGUUACUUGGGCAAGACCUUUGUCACGUUGUAUUUCUGGCAGUGAUAGUGGAGAUCGCUUUAUAGAGUUCCUGUUGCCAAACUUAGCCCCAAAUCACUCAUCCCAAACAGGUGUAGAGAGACGGGGAUAACUCUCACUUCCUACCCAGAGUACGCCUACAUUGCUAUUCAUUGCACGUCCUCGAUGCUAACUUUGUCAUAUCCUGAUGUUGUCCCGUUUUGUUUUUUAACUCGUAUCUUCAUUAGACAUUUGACUGAUGCUAUUAGGCCAGUGGUUGUUAUUUGCUGCUUCCCCUGCCUUUAUUUUAUCCUUAAACGUAAAGAAAUAAAAUCAAAAAGAAAACUUGAAGGUGUGGGGAAGGUGAGGUCACGUUCCUAUAUACAACAUCUUGAUGCAAGAUGUUUGGUAACAAAUGGCCUGGCAGUAGUGGCCCUCUGUACCCAGCUGUUUGAUAGUGGAUCUAGUCAGUGGAAAAGCGGCGGGUGGAGGUAGUGGCGCUAUCAGACGGCCUCUGUCAUCGCCUUGUUUUGUCACGGUGCCAGACAGCUCCUUUAACUGUUAGCUUUGCCUAGUCUAGCUUAGCCCUCCUAUUGAGGUCAUGGCCAUCCCUUGAUCAGCACUUAAAUCCUUAUAAAGCCUGUAAUAAUAGUUGGAGGGGGGCAGGUGGCUCAUUCUGUGUCACGGGGAUGGGGGCCGGGUGGGUAAAGGUGGUGAUGGUCGUGGUUUUGGCAGGGCAGUAACUGAGGUGCCCCUUCCUCCCCGCGGGGGUCAGGGGCAGGUGAUGCGCGCCAGGGAACGCGUUGGCCCGUCAGGAAUGGCAUGUGCGCUUGGGAGCCUGGGGGUUCAAGGCAGCUUGGCUGUAACCCUAAACCAGAAUAGACGUUUACCCUUUGAGCGCCUGGAGGGGAGGAGGACUGGUGAACAAAUAAACACCAAGGUGGGCAUUGGUGUCUUGCAUGGCCUCGGGGCUCAGUAAACUGUUUCACACCUGUCCCCAGUGUGAACAUGAGUGUGUUCGAGAGUGAGAGAGGCAGAGCAUUGUGUCUUUGUGUUUUCCAUUACUCUGAUUUACUCCCCUCAUAUCUGUUCGGUCUCACACUCCCCGACUCUCUGGUUGUUUAUGAACAGACUCUCUUUGGUCUGUCCACCUUCCACUUCUCCUCCAGCUGCCCUCUGUUUUCGACGUGACAGCUCUGUGGAAAAUCCAGAUUUACAGCUUGAGAAAUGAGGCAAGACUGAGCCCAAGUUUGGCCCGCUGUGCCCCCGUUGCCCCUAAAGAGCCUGAUCAGCCCAUCCCCUCCGGUCCCCCCCUUUUAUCACCAUGCCCGGGGUCACAAGUAGCCAACAACUCAAGUCAACCACAAUCAAUGCAAAGCCACUUUGAAGGUCUUUGGUGUUGUUAAUGCUGUUAAGGUGCUGAUGGGUGGUCUUACAUCAGGUAGCCAAAUCAAAUAUCAGAUGGGAGUAUCUUUAAAGGCAUACAUGAAAUGGUUAAGUGAUGUCUUGAUAGUUUUAGAAAUGUUAUUUAUCUUUCUUGUGUGGGCUAAAACUGGCCGCAGAGACAAAACAAACUGAGAGAAGAAGUAUGUGUGAGCUGCGAGCGACAUGCUCUGAAUUUUAGGUUGAAUUCUCCUCCGAGGAAAGAAUGCCAUUCUUCACUAAACAAUAAGAUAUUGAGUCUCUGAGCAGCAAAACAGGAGGAAUGUGUGCUUCUGUCUAUUGUAAAUUCCUAAAUUGGCUGGAAUGUUUUUACCUCAUAUUCCUCGUACAUUCACCGCAUUUUUGUCCCAUAAUGCUGUGCAUAGCGCUGGCACUCGUGCCCAUUACUCAACAGACGUAUUAGCUCGCUUAUUAGGGACGGUGUCAUGGAUAUUGUGGCGGUUAUGUGCUCCAGCGGUAAUUCGACAUGCAUCUGCCAAGGGAAACAUUUCCUGCCUUGUGUGGCUCUCAGUAGGAGACGUGCCCUGUGGUCUGACCGGAGGCCUCAUGCUGGAAUAAUGGAAAAACAGCCUCAAAGUUGUAGCGCAGCAGAAAGUGAAUGUGCUGACAGCUCAGAAGAAUGUAAGAAUGUGGCACUGGAUAUGAUGUUCUUCCCUCUUUAUUUACCGCCAUAAAGAUGCCAUAGUUAUUUAUUUAUGUGUCACUUUUGCAAUUGCUAUUGUUUUAUUUUACGACCCCUUUUGACAAAUUUUUAUUUGGCAGCUUUAAAUCUUCUCUCCCCCCGUCAUGUUUAAUGCAGCUGUUUGGUUUCGUCACACUGUAUUUCCUAACAUCUGUGUGAGGAGCACUUUUCUCACAUUUUUGAAAAGGUUCUGCUGCCUGUGAAAAAGAAAAAAAAAAGGUUGCAUAUUGGAGCAAGUCAACACGGUUUCCAGCAGUAGUGGCAUAUUUUACUGUCACAUCAAAAUAAAGAGAACCCACACAAUGAAUCAUGAGCUUUCACUGAGCUCUGCUUGUGCAACAUGUCAACACAUUGUGGUUUUCUGUCAGGCCGUGCAAAUAUGUUUUCAUCUUUAGUCAUUCUCAUUAAGAGUUGAUGUAAAGGUCAGUGAAAAGUAGCAGCGAGGCCUCGCCCUGAUGAAAACUUUAGCAGUAAAGUGGGAGAUUCACCCGCGACCAUGACCUGCUGACCCUUGGUUUGAAGGGAAGUUGUUUCCCUUUGACGCUCUUUGUUUGCAGAAGUUCUCCUCUGUUUUACGUAGAGAUUAUGUUUGCUAAUAAGGAUGAAACUGAUUGGAUGGAUGGAUUUUUCUCUUAUUUGAAGUGCCACAUUUGUAAGUUGUUGGGUUCAUCUGUUGUUGCUUAGGAUAAUAUAUUCUAGCAUUAGUGAAUUAAAUCCUGUUUUGAUCAUUUUGGAUUAAAUCUCACAGAUUACAGAGUCAAUUGAUGAUCUUCAUCCUUAGUUUACUGUAGACUGCACUUCACUUCUUGUACUCUGUAUGAGUUUAUUCCAACUCGUCAUUAAAGUCCCACUCCGAUCAUCAUCUAUUUGUUUUACUACUUAAAGUGUUCUCAGUGGUCAUUAAAUUUCGAUUAUGAAGUUUUUAGCCAAAAUCGCGUUACCUGUGUAAUUUUCAAGGGCUUUUCUUCUGCAGAGCUUCAGUCGCUUAUUAGCAAUUCACCUCUGAGUCGUGGGCGGAGACAGCGCUGCUCUGCACACUCCUCUUCAUGCUAGCUUGCAGCCUAAUAUUGUCGUUGUAGUUGAAGUAGCAGGUAACAUAGGAGGUAUUCAGCUCUUAGACACGAAUGUCUUCGGGGACAUGAUGAAAGCUAACAUCAUGAUUAGCUUUCUUUCCAACAUUGCAAUCUGCUACCGCACACGCUUAUUCCACGAUCUUCCUCUCUACUUCUUUGAGUCUGACCUGCAUAGCGGGGCUCCGGGGGCGGAGCUUGCAGUUGUGACAUAGGAAAUCUCACAGUGUCUGAACCUGACUUACUUUUCUCAUGACAUGUCCUGUAGCAUCAGAAAAAUGCCGUAUGAACAUGUAGACAACAAGAAAAACAUAAUUUUCAUCAGAGUGGGUCUUUAAAGCUGUUACAUCCACUUGAGUUGGGAUUAUUAACCUCUGUUAGCUCCUGAUUUUUAACAGUUAACUCUCUUGCGUACUUAUUUUGUGAAUGUUUGAAUAGGAAUGAAAUUAAACCUCUUUGAUUGGUUCUGUUUUAGCUAAUCAAACAAUUACUCUCUCAUGAAGGUGCUUUUACUGAGGUGGUGUUCCUGUGUAGGAGGCAGGGGUCCAAUCACAGCACUGGGGUGAACCUGAACCCCUUACUCUCUGGCUCUCGAGGGAUUUAAAGCUGUUUUGUUGAGAGUUUUUAGGUAUAAAACUUGUAAAAUCCAAACGGUCUGCAGAGAUUCAACCCUUUCAUUCUGUCUGGUCUCCUCAUUUCUGUUUUUUAUGGGAAAACCAUAAAGACAAACUCGUCAUUGACCGUCUUGUAAUAGAGACGUCACUGUCACUUUAUCUUGACAUCUCAGAUCAGUUAGGAUACGGACAGGCCAGACAUCUGUUGAUGUGUCUAUGUGAUUAACUUACACUGAGUCUACUCUGCAUAAAUCUCUUUAAUUGCAAAGAUGUUCAUGGCAGGUCGUGAUGAUACAACAUGACAUCUGUUAAAUUUACUACUCUGCUAGAAAUACUAUACUUUGUCAGAACUACUUCAGAUUAAACUGUGACAUAAGUUCAGCUGGUUUGCAUGCUGAUAAGUGCGGUACUGAUUAUCUCUUUUGGGUCUAAUUUAUUGUGUCCAUGAAAAUUAAAGCGCACCUUCAGUUGAUUUGAUUUGAUUUGUAUGAAAGAGGAUUAGGGCCACAAGAAGAGAAAAAAAGGCAGAUUUUUUAAAUUUCCGUUUUGAGAUUAAAGUCGAAAUUGAAAAAAGUCUAGAUGAAAAAAAUCAAAACUUCAAGAUUUAAGUCCUCCAAGUUUGUCCUGUUUUGUCUUCUGUAGAGCUGUAAUCUUGGGCUCAGUCUUUUCAGAAUCCGAAUACUUCAGACCACACUGUGUUUGUGUGCUUAGUUUACAUUUCCAAAAUGAGCAGGGAGAAAUAUAAACCUGCUUCAAUAAGGGAUGAUCCAAAGUGACUAAUCUCCCGGUUGUUUAAACUAACUAGCGUACUUGUCUUAAGAUAAAGAAACACUCAGAAAACUUCAAAAGUUGAGCACAAUCCAUUAACCGUGGACAAACGUCAGUGUCUGCAGGUUGGUUAUGUCAGACUGGUUUCCUAAAUGUGACUAAGGUUAGCAGAGCUAGCACCACCAGCACCUUUAAUACAACUUUAUCUCACAUUUCUAGAUGAAAACACAGACACAACAUAAGAGCAACACUGACACUACAAUAAAUAGAGAAACAUAUGAAUAAAUAAAUAAAAUAUAAAAUUAAUCUUUUUAUCUCUUUGUAGUUCUGGCUCCUCCCAGCAAAAGUGAUGAGAUGAAACUGUUGACUUCAAUUAGUUAUACAUCCCUUGUCUAAAUAUAUAACAGUUAUUAUAACAGAUUAAAGAUUAAAAAUGUAAAUUUUUAUACCAAUUAUCAUUAACAAAAGCUUAGCAAAAGAACACUUGUUUCAUAAAUGUUGUCAUAUUGUAAUAGUUUACAUUAAAAUUAAAGUUUUACUGUAUAAUCUACUAUGCUUUCUAAGUAAAAUAAGACAAAGAUCCUGAUGGUACUUAGAGUGAUGUUUAAGGAAGUUAUGGACUUUUAGAAGAAUUUGAUCCUGUAUGAUUUGUUUAUAUUUCAUUAUCAGUUUGAUCUAAUAUGUGCUGGUUGCAUUUCUUGUUUUUAGCUUUAACAGUAUCUCAUGUUGUGGAGUGUAGUUGAGCAGCAAAUUUGAUCAUUUCUAAUUUCUCUGUCUGCAGAAACAUUUUCAUUAGUCUCUUAAACUUGAGGGUCUUGCAUAAGUUUUUGAAGUGUUUCCCCUUCUAUUUAAGAUGAGAGUAUGACUCAGAGGUUCAUGUCUGAGAGUUUUUCAUAAUGUCUAAGUUUCGGUAUAAAAAGAGAACUGAAUUCGUCGACCUUGCCCUGGGUUCAAAAUACCGCUUCUGUCACAUUGUCAUGUCUUAUAUUUUAAGUGUUUUUACUUCAUUUGCAGCUUCUGUAUUAAGAUAUACACACAGUUAUUUUAUACUUGAGGUAUAUCAUGAAAAAAUGUAAUCUCUAGAAGAUUAUCAAUAUGAGGUGAGGAUGUCAUGCUUUGAGUUGAACAGGGUGUGCUAAAUGAGCGUCAUGAUGCUGGAUCAGCAGUGUCACUCUCUGCACUGAUUUAUUACAUGACUGGAUGCCCAUGUCAGUGCAGGAUAGAGGUCUUUUCAGAGCUCAGUCGGCUUCAUCCAGGCUCAAUCGGAGGGGAAAUAACACCCAGCCAAGACAUUCCUGCAGCCUAAAUGUGACCUUUGUUUUCCUUAGCAGACCCGGCGGGGGCAUAUGUGCUGUUGAGAGAGACGUAUGGCUGGCAGAUGUGUCUUUGGAGAGGAUGGCCGCUUGUAAACAGAACUUUAGUCAAGAGUCAACAUAUGAGCAGACUGACCUUCUGGCUUUUCAUGACUGUGAACGAUUUGAUUUCAGAUUCUUGUUUAAACUGCAGCUUUAAGUGUUUGGAGUCAGAAUGAUCAUCUUUAUUUCGCUGGUUUUAAAAGGGAUGAAACUGUUUUCCAUACAUUAAUGUGCAAACAAUCUUUUUAGUCCGCACACAAUUAUGACAAAGGCCCAUGGGGUGAUGUGGGAGCAGCAGAUGCAGGGCCCGGUGCAGACCAGUCAGUUUUCAGGAAUGUGAGGAAUGCUCAGAGCUGAAGGGAGAGAGAGAUCAGACCAGGCCAGAGAUGACCGCAGCCCUAUUGGGGAAGGACAGAUUUAUGACUAGCCGGGUCAAGGCGUUGACUUGAGAGGGGACUCUGUAGGUUUCCUUCGCUAACCCGUCCACCUCCGCCUGAUCUCCACCAGCAGGCCUGAUGUGGAGGAGAGGAGAGUCAGAGGAGACCUGCUGGAGCUGUUAGUAAGAUUCAGAAUAAUAACGGCUCCGGGAAUCUGAACUUUAGUAUGUUUUUGAUUGAAUUCAUUGAUUUGGAAAAAUACUCUUCAGUUGUUGGUUAUGUAAAUGUAUUUUCUCCACCAAACAAUGAAAAGAUGAUAUAAUAAGCAUAUUGAGUGAAAGUGCACAGAUUUUUCGGAAACUAAUGAGUUUGUAAUUGUAGAAAUCAUUACCCUGCUUUCUAACUUAUCACCUUUGCUGUGUUUAAUACUUGAUUCUGAUUGGCCAGAAAUCCUUGACUGGAGUAACUAAUUCUGAAUAGACCUCAAUGUGGGAACAACCUGUAACCAACACAGAAAUUAGACUUUAAAGAGACAGACACAAACGGGCAUAUGGGACCAAAUUUUCCUGUAAUUUGGGAAAUUAUUUGCCUCAGUUUUUCUGUUUCCUUUGGUUAACAAAGUGUCCACAAUCUUAGAUUUCAGAGGCGUAUGUGUAUCAACAGACAAGCAUAAAUGUGUAUUGUUUAUUUAAGUAUCACCUCGGUAAAAAUAACAUGAAUUAUAGUGACAUUAAACAGUUUAUAGAAAUAUUGAAGAUGUGCUUUUUCAGCCUCUUUUCAUUGAGGGAGAGUUUGGGAUCUCUUUCGUCCUCCCUUGUCUCCCUCUGGUAUGUCCUGUCAGGAGGAUGCAGAUGUCUUUUUAGUGGCGCUCAGAGUUCGGGUAGUUCUCAACGGAGGACUAAGGCGUAUUGCUACAGUGGCUGACUCUGCUUAACAGUAUUAAUUCCUCAUUUUACACCCAUGGUCACAGCUUACAGUAGCUCAGAAGUCAGAUUAUUUAAUAAUGAAAAUGAUUAUGAGAAUUGAAUGUGCUCUUGUCCAGGAUUAGCGCUUGUGGUCACAGGGGUCAUUGUGAAGAGAAAUUUGCCAGGCUUUCUCUAAAUGAGUGUUUUUAUAACCAACAAUAUGAUAAUAAUAAUAUCUUUAGUUAUAAACGGUUGAGAAAACAACUCCUCUUAGCACCUUCAUAAUUUCUCAUAAUAGAGAAUAAGACGUUAAAUCAAUAUACUGUACAUGAUCUGCUCAGCACCAAACAUAACCGGACAUUAUUGGCAACUAGCAGGACGAUAAAACAUGUUCAAACAGACUGAACAAUGGCAGCUUGUGAGCAAACAGCUGUAGAUUGUUUUUGCUGCAGUAGUUUGAGUAAAAAAUACCAAAUUAUCAGAUUAAACCAGAACAUGCACUGUUAAGUCUGAUAAAGACCUGCUCUUUCACAGACAGCUUGGAUAAUGAAAAACUUCUGGUGAGCACUUAACCCGUUAAUGCCUGAAACCACAAAUUAUGGCCAGAAAAUUCAAUUUAUUUUGGAGCAGAAUGUUUAUUUCACUUAUUACUGAAAACCAGAACAAUCAAAACAUCCUUAAAAUUGAACAAAUAUAUAUAUAUUUAUCUUGUUUGAUACAUGAGAUGUUUUUAGAAACUGAUAAACCACAAGAGGACAUUUUGAUCAUUUAUUGGACUGUAUUCAGGUGUUUUUUAUAGUAAUUUGUUGAUCAUAUUGAUUUGAUAGAAGUAUCAUAAAAGGAUGUUAUCAAAAAUGAUACAAAAGGCAUUCAAGGGCUAAAAUUUAACAACUACACUAUCUACCACCAAGAGAUUUUUCUCCAUUAACCUGAAAGUUAAAAUGUUUUUUAAUUUGAAUUGCUGAACUCUUCCCAGUCCCUCUGACUUUGCUGCGGUCAGUGCAGUCGGUGACUUUUCAUGCCCUUAAAAAAAUGUUACUAGACUCAUGUUUCCUGAAACACGUCUGUGAGUGCAGCAGUGUGAUAAACAACAUCAAGCUGUGGUGAGGUGGGUGACGGUAUAAAGUUCCCUGUGACUUUACUGCAGCCUCGGCUGGCACAGGUUCUCUGUCUGUGCUGCUCCCAUUGAAUAUCAUGAUCUCAUCGCUGUGUGACUGAGUCCCCUCUCUGAUCUCAUGGGUGUGUUGGAGGGUAUUUUUGAUGGGGCCCUUCCCCGAGCACUUGCACGAGGAGUGGCAUCUGAUACGAGAGCAUGAAGCAAAGCCUCUGUGACAGCCUGUUAAUGAAGCUGUUUAAUGAUUGCAAAAUAGACAAGACCGAUUCGACACAGGGAUACCUUCAAAGAUAUCUUCAAGAUAACAAAGAAACUAUUAAGACAAAUAACCUGUUCCCCACACUGGAGCUUUAACAUCUUGCAUCAUAUUAUGAGGGACUCUGUGUCUCGGACUUCUCAGCUUACAGAAAUAUGGCGCCUGAAACAACAGGUUGACUUCUCUGACUCUAACCACAAAUCUUCCCUUUUAUUGACAACACUGACGUUUAGAUUCAUAUUAUUACUAUUAAAGAUGAAUAUAACUGACUAGACUCCUUUCAGCAGCAAUGGGCCGGGAUGCCUCCCGGUCGACGUGGCCCCAAAGGUAGCGUCUUCCUCACCUCAGAUCUCAGUGCCCAGUCAUGUCUCCUCACCAUCAGCUGCUAAAUGUGUAGAUGCGUAUGUAUGUGAAGUUGUGUGGGUGGAAUUGUAUGUCUAUGUUCACGGGUGUGUGUAUGGGUAUAAUUGUGCGGGUGGGAGGUUUGGGGUUUUCUUGGGGAUUUUAAUGUUUCAUUUUGUUUUUAUGCUUUGUAAGGCACUUUGUGUUACAACUUGUAGGAAAAGUGCCAUAUAAAUAAAAUAAAGUUGAAAGUUGAAAGUAAGGUAAAACUUGCAAUAUCCCACUGAGGAAUAGACUGCUAUUUGACGUCUAGUUUUUUUAAAGACCUAAUUUCAACGUCUAGAUUCUGUAUAUCUUUAGACAGAAGUUAGAUUUUGCACUUUAACCCAUUAUUUGAUAACUAUUCAUUUCAAAAAGCAACAGUGAGAUGCAUAACUGCAAGUACUCAAUCAAAGUAAUUACGAUAGCCGUUGAGCAAUAUACAGUGUAGUAUAGAUAUAGCCCAGAUUUAGACUUGGUCUAAAUUUAGACGUCUAAAAACUUUUAUUUUUAGACCUGUGGUAUUCCGGUUUUAGACCAGUCCUCUAGGCUACAUUUAGACCUCUUUUAGACCAAAACAAGCACAGUGGGAUGACUCUAGAAGUCAUUGUAAUGCAUUCAUUCAUGUCCACCUAAAAACUUGAGAAAUCAUUUUUUGGACCAUUUUUUAAGUAGGUCAAAAUCUAGGUUCAAUGAAAAUCUUAUUUCAGCAUCUUUUCUGCUUGCGCUCAGCAGUCUCCUCUGGUCAUCCUUCAGGCUCAGCAAGCAAAAGCGUCAUAACUCAGGGGUUAUGGUGCCUUUUCAUUUCUGGGCCCACCUGUGCCGAACCAACUGCCUCCUUAUAUCUAUAAGCACUGUACUUUUUUAUUUGUCUUCAUUGCACAUAAAGCCCUUUUAAUAUGUGUGUGCAGAAGUCAAUACAAGUUAUCUUUGCCUUUUCCCUUUGCACAAAAGUAAAGCCAAAAUGUAUCUUACGCUUGGUGUUAGAGCUGCUCGAUUAUGGCAAAAAUCAAUUAUGAUGUACUACUACUGGAAGGGACUUAAAUGACAAAAACUAUGCUUUUUUAUGUGUUGUUUUUAUUAUUUAUAGUUUUAAUUCAUGUCCCAUCUAUUGUCCUACAUUCAUCUUUCUUUAUCUACAGUGUAAAGAGUUUAAAUGUGCUGCAGUUUUUAGGGUUUAUAUAGUCAACUUUGUCGGAGAAGUCCUAAAAACCAAUAAGAGUUUCAAAAGUGUCAGACAACCCAAAAUGAAAAGAUGGGCUCAAACUUUAACUCAUCAGACGAGACAUGCUCACACAUCUGUGUCUUUAAAAACCUCUUUCGUGCAUCUCACUGUACCCUGACUGAAGUUUCUAGAAGAUAAUAUGCCAAGAACUAGAGGAACUCGCUGCUGUAAUGUGAGGAACUCGAUACAGGCAAUGCAAUGUUCGUUCGAGGUUAAGUACUGUGAGGACUUUCCCAAAGCUCUCUGUUCACUCUUUUAAGAGUUGGAUUGCAAGGGAGUGUGGCGCACUUUCUUAAUCCCCGUGGAGUUAAAGAAAUAUGCAUUUAGGGGCUCAAACAAUUGAGCGGCGAGUGCACUUUUCGAUAAAAAUUAAACGGUUGAGGAGUUACAGCCCUGAAAGAAAAAAUAAGAAUGAGAGAAUGAAUGCUGUGACUGAGGCUGGAGUGUGAGUGAGUUUACGACUGUGUGUGCGACUGUGUAGACGGUAUUUGAGAGAGGGGUUAAGACCACAAAAGCCUCACAAUAGCAGUCCUACAGCUGGGUAAUGUGUGUGUGUGUUUAUGUGUGUCUGUGUGUUCAGCAGAUUGGAACUUAACAAGGAUUCAGAUCCACAACUUUUCUCUCAAAUCAGUUAACUCCUGAUCUUGGUUGGUUUUGAUUUGAUAUUUGUUUUGGCACUCGAACUCAAGCUUCCUGAUGAAAUUUUCAAUGGAAAUAAAAUACAAGAUUUGAGUUUCCUGUAUUAAAACAUUUGUAUGUUCCUAAAAAACACCAAAUAAAGUUAAAAAAACAGUCUGAUUGGCUUUAACAAUGUCAAGAUUUGAGUGAGGAUGAGAAAAUCAGAAUCUGUUGUUUUAGACUGAAAAAAAAUCCUCCAUGGUCAUGUCUGAACCUGACUGUUUGCUACACAACUUCGUCUUCCUCUUUCCUCUUUUGGUACAUCUCUAGCUUUACCUCAGUUGGACAAACAAACGUAACAAAAAUUGUCAGGACCUGAAUUUUUCCUAACUUUUACCACUCUUUCUUUAACGUAAAGACAAGAACAACAGCUUUCCCGUCCAGACUUCGUCCUUUGACAAUUCAGAAAUGCUGUCAUGUCAUGUUCUACAGGAUAUGCACCAAUAACCUGUUUCCAUCAGGGAUGUGUUCGAUAAGUCAGUUGAGCAUUUGAGUGUUGUAUCGUAGUUAUUUGGCACCUGUAUUAUUUAAGAUUCUUGAUAUAAAUAUAAGCCCAAAAUGGUGGUUAAAUGUUGGCAAUGCUGCCACUAGCUGUGCUACAGAUCCAGUUAAUGGACCUGCUCUUCCCAUAUAGUUUCACCUAGGAAAUAAAGAUGUAUGUCAGUUGUGUUUGGUUGAAAAAACUAUGAGACUGAAGUUGAGGUGGAGAAUUACUGGCGUUUUGGAACAAAGCAAGAUGAUCUAAACUAUCAAACCGAAAACCAUAAUUUCUUUAUUGGUUUUUGUAUUCAUACAACAACAUUCAACAAUUUAAACAUAUGGCAGUAAUGAAAAUAAUGAUGAAAAUAUGAAUAAUACAGACGAGGUAAAUGAAUAAAAUGUCCUAAUGAAAUAAAUAAUAAAAGAGAUAAAUUAAACCAACAAAUUAGUCAACAAAUGACUGAGCAAUAAAUAACGAAUGCAUAAAUAAAAAAAAUCAUCUAGAAUAAUUGCAAUAAUAAUCAAUUACUAUUAAUAAUAAUGAUAUUCUUAAUAUAGGUUACAAUGUACACUCCCAACAACAAAUUAAACAUUUUUCAUUAUCUCAUUCUCACACUGUCUUCUCCACAUGUCAUAAAAUUCAGAGGGUUUCUUCUAAACAAUGUAAGUGAGCUUCUCAAGAGCCAAACGGGAUGUUAAAUUAUUCAACCGGUGGUUAAAAGACGGGCAACCAACAUUCUUUAACAUAUUGCAAUACAUCGUAAACAAAGAUCAACCAUUUUUCUUUCUUUGCAGGAUACGAACCAUCAUUUCUAAUUUCUGUUUGACAUCUAUCUUAAAUGAUCAGAGUACCAACUUUCAUUAUAAGAAUUGAAAUAUGAAAUAAAUUAUUUCAUAAAUAGAGAAAGACAUGGACAUCCACCUUGGAGCCAUCAUGCACUUUAUUUUGAAAAGUUUCCUCUACUCUUUUCAGGUUGUACCCCAUCUCUUUGAGGCAAAGCCCCUGCUGAGAGGUUGAUAACAAGUUCAACAGGCAGAAGUAAUCUUAGUUGUUUCUGCAAAGGCUUAACAACAAACAGCGACGCUUCCAAAAAGCAUCAAGUGAAACCUCACGUCUGACUGAGCAGGGAGGAAACGAUGCCCUGCAUUCCGUGCAAAAUCUGAUCACUUUUAUUAGCUGAUAAAAUCUUUAACUGCAGUUCAGGCAAGCUUCAGGUUUCCUCUUUUUAGUGUUUGGGGGUCACACGAUUGGCCGGUUUGUGUGAGGUCCAGCCAGAGCAGCGUCACUAUGUAAGGGAAAAUCUGACGGGUUCGUACCAGGUUGUGUGUCGUGACUGAUCUCUGUGUUAAUUCACAUGGAGAUGUAGUGCCAAGGGAAAAAUGACUGUGUUUAAGAGGUGGUGCAAACACUCCCGUUUGUGUGUGCGUGGGUGUGUGUGUGCGUGCGUGUUUGUGUCUAUGUCUGAUGUGUGGAGCAGCCCAUGUGGGAGUGAGAGUGAUCACUUUAACUACAAGGAUAGUGCGAAUCAUCCAAUAACUGACCUUAGGUUUUUGUGUCCAUAUGUUCUUCACAUAUAAACAUACUAUCAUCUAUACAAUGGUUUAUCUCAACUGUGAUUAAUUUGUUGUACAUAUUAAACGAGUAUUUAUACAUUUGCCAAGUUUUAAAAAAUGCCUACAGUUCCCAAAGUUUUGUCCAGCCAUAUGACAAAGUAGUUCAGGCAGUAGUGAUGAAAAAGCAGCAAAACGUCACCCUAUUAAAAUAAGGGCCAGAGUCAUUUUGAUGAAAAUGAGUUUUUGACCUAAAUCAUCUCUUGAUAAUGCUGGCCAUCUCUGGUAAAGUCACCUAAAUCCUUAGUGAGAGGGUCAUGACAUGAUCCUUUCAACUAAGGAUUUCAACUAAGAAUCAUCUCUUGAUAAUGCAUUUUUUAGCAUUAUCAAGAGAUGAUUUAGGCCAAAAAAAAAUCAUUUUUGUCGAAAAAUGACCUCGGUUAUUAUUUGAAUAGGGUGACGAAAUGCUUUGAUAAUUGAUGGUGCCAUCUGCACAGUUUUAAAAUGUUUGCCAACAGGAAAACAUUGAAUUGUGUCGAUGUUCGGAUUGUGUUUAUUCUCAUCACAAGAUCUAGUUUGAAGCUCCUGAGAGGUUUUCAGUCUGUAUCAAUUUUGGCGCCACCUGUGGUCAAAGCAGCACCUCCAAACCUUGCUGAUUUUUCUCUUCCAUGUGUCACUAACUGUCAGUUCUAGUAGUUAACAUGUAAAUAUGACACCUAUAUAUAUAUAUAUAUAUAUAUAUAUUGACACCUUGGUGUUUUAAUCACUACACCUACCUCAGUUGCUGUAUCAGAUAUGAAAAACAAACAAACUUGAUGACACUUGGUUCAUUAUUUUCAAGAUUGUAUAAUCAUCAAACAUAUAAGACUUAAGCGCCGUCUCGCUUAAAGUUUAUUUUAACAUUUAUGAAGUUGAAUGAAAUUCAUUUUGAUGUCUUUUCAUGAAAUUCGAAAGCAAACAAGAUCAUCAGCCUCUAGAUUGUCGUUUUUCAUUUUGUAAUUUUCAAUACCUCAAUCUAGUGCCAGAGUAGCCUUGCAGGUGAAGAGACCACCCCUUUUUAAAAAUUUAUUUAUAAAAUGUUCACAACAAAUGAUGCAUCUGACUGUUUAAGACAGGAGGAUGAUAUUUUUGGUCAAGAUUUUCUACCAAAGCAUAUAAAGGACAAGAUAAGUAAAGUCUGUUUGUACAGUUCAAUGAAUGAAAUAUAUAAGGAAAAAGGGGAACUGUAUUGUUAAAGCAAAUGUACACACCAUAAUAUGUGAAAAUUAACUGUUCUUCAUGUUUUCAUUACAAUAACAAACAAUGUGACCCCACAGUUCAUAUCGUCCUGACAAUGUGUGGGUCUUUUUCAGGUCGUUUUGUGUUUUUACAGUCUUAGCCUUUAAACCGCAGCUUUAGUUGUGGAGAUAGGGGUGAAAAAGGCCGCAUGACCAUUGCCCUCCGCUGUAACUGGAGACGCUGCAGGGUAGGAGGGGGAACAAGCCCAAGAUUUACUGCAGGCGUAAAGGCAUAUUCCAUAAACAUUGACACACACACCAGCUGCCUGGCUGCCCCACCAGACUGGGGCCCCCUCUUUGGUCAGUGGCCUGCGUGCUCCGUGUCUGUCCCGAGUCCGGUCUGAGGAUCGCAUGCCGGCAGCCUCCACCUGCUCUGCCAAUGUGACCUGUCUGUCAGCAGCACACAGACACACACACUCCCGACGCAGAGAUAUGAGCGCGGUGUACACUCAGGGGGUCACGCUGAGACCGAUGCACGUCUCUCACACUGUUGCAUACACUUCGUCAUAUACUUACACAUGCAGUUUUCAGUGGUGACACUCGGGACAGCUCAGCUUUUGCUUCGGGCACGUGCGUUCGCUUCUUUGCUUACAUGCAUGCAAGCUCUUCCUCAAAUGACCACACAAAGACAUGAACGCAAACAUAUUUUAGGAGGUUAAUGAAGCCAAUUAUACGGUGACCUCAGCACUUGGGCAUUGUUUGUAUAAAUAUGCGUGCAGAAAUACACAGUGCAUAAACAGUGCCUCAUUCCUCCCUCCUGUACUUCAGCGUGGCAUGCAGGGAAAACUCAGUGAUGAUGAGUUAAUAAUCAGCUCUGGUAAACAGAUUAAUUCCUGCAAACGCAAAACAUGCACCUCAUUAGCCUCUUACAUUCAAAACAAGUAAACUACGGACAAGACUGGAUUGCCUCUUGAGGUGUUACAUGGAUAAGAUGUACAGUUACGUAGAUCUAACAGUAAAACAAAUUUCAUACCUAGAGAUUUUGCCACCUUUUCUUUUUAAACAGAUUUUUUAUUUAGAGAAAACUGUAUUUGGUAAUGAGCAAUUUGCGCUAUUAUUUAAAGGCACCAUAUUUCUUGAAAUGUGGAUAAUUGUAAGACAACAUAAACAGGUAUAUUUGUGAAAUGAUACCAAAUGGACCCACUUUAAGGUUUAAUUUCCUCUCAAAGUUUAAAACUUCAACCUUUUCUUUCCUCUAUUGAGUCAACCUACGAAUUCUGAUCAUUCUUACAGACGGUAGAAGUUUAAUGAGGUCGAUAUGUCAUUCUGGUCUACUUUGUCCUCUAAAAACCUGCUUUCUUUCAUGUGAAAGAUUGUUAUAUCAGUUUAAAGUUUUUAAAUAAUAUCCAAUUUCUCAUCCACUUUGUAUUAAAAUUGACAUGAUGUUAUUUUCUGUUCCCAUGUAGGAAGGAAUGAGUUGAUUGCACGGUACAUCAAACUGCGCACGGGGAAGACGCGGACCAGGAAGCAGGUAAGUUCUCUGGAAUUUGCCUUCUGAAGCAACCCCUAUUUUUGGAUCUCUUCAGAAAGUCCUACCCUGCUGAGUGAUGCCCCGACACCCCGGGUCCCCCCUUCCCAGACUUCUCUGCGACUGAUAGGUGGAUGGCUGGACAUGACGACUGAUUUAGGGCUAGAGACCAAUGCACAGAUGCUAUAGGAUCAUGUGUCGGUGUUGUUUCUUCAGCACCUCGUGGAUCUGGGGCUUGUUAGACGGGGAAAGAAGCCGGGGAAUAUGUAGAUCUGGACAGGAGACUGAGGCGGGACGGGCGAGGGAUUUGGAACUCUAUCCUCACUAUGGUAUCUGAUAUGGAAGGACUGAUGUAUGGGCAGUGAUGGAUGUGCAAAGAGGGCGUCCCGCUAAGUCAUCUGGCAGAGUCAAAGUAGGAAUGAGAAGAGAUGAGUGGAGAUGAGAGGAGGAGUGAGGAGGGGGAUCAGAGAUAGAUGGUUGGGCAGGGCAGAGGACUGGGGGGACACCUGCUGGUCCAAUAGAAGUAAACUGGUUGACUGCUGCGUUGCUGUACACCUUCUUGAAGAUGUUUGUCUUACAGUGACAAUUUAUGGUGUGAAAGCCUGAAGAAGCUGCAGUAAUGUUGUUGUUGUUUUUUUUAUGAACGAGUACAUCGCCAAGUCUAUAAACUUCCAAAUCAUCAAUGAAAAUCUAGCAGUAACCAUUAAAGCUGUUGUAAGGAACUUUUGGUUUGUGACCGCUUUGGUGCCCCCUGUGGACAAAUUAUAUUUUUUGUCAACAUUCCAAAAUUUCAUCCUUGUUGAGAAUGUGGGAGGAAGUUUUGCACUGAGGUACAUUUGGUAACUAAUGUAUGGAGAGAAUUUAUUGGAAGGUCGUCAUAAGGUUCUUUCGGACACCCAAAAUCACAGCUAAAUUUAGCACUACACACUCAAAUAAAUGCUGGAGAAACUGCAGCCCACACAUUGGUAAUCAGACCCACAUACUCUGAUUAUGCCCAAAACUGGAGUUAUUCUUGAAGGAAGUGUUGAAAACACUUAAUAUAAUAUUUGGUGGAAAUAUUACAAUGGACCCAAUGGUGGCUCUACUAGGCCUAUUACCAAGAGGCAUUAAAGGAAGAGCCAAAAAAUAUCCCUUACAGAUACUAUUUGCUACAGCAAUUAAAUGCAUUACAGUAAGGUGGUUGAAGCCUGACCCUCCAACACACAAUAUGUGGACUGAAAAAAUAAAGGAAAUAAAUCAAAUGGAACAAAUAACAGAUUCCCUGAGAUUUCAAAAACAUAUAUUCACGAAAUGGUGGAGCCCUGCUAUGGGUAUACUGAUAUCAUUUUUAUUCUGUUUAUUCUAUAUUUUUCGUUGUCAUCAUAGUCUUUGUCUCUUUUGUUGUACCAAAACUGUUACCUUGUGUAUGAAGCAGCAGAUAUGAUGACUAUGAUUCUGUAAAUGAUUUUGAAUGAAACUUAAAUGAAAACUAAGUUAAAAGAAAAAAAAAACGCACGAUAUAGAAAAUUUCAUCCUUGUUGCUGAUGGUCUCAUUUGAUAUUGAAGGUUAUUAGAAGACAGAUUUAGCGCUUUGCUUCAACUAGCUAUAAACAAGUUACGCUCCAAGACAGCAGCUUUCACCACUUUGCAACUUAACAGCCGUUUCACCUGAAAACUCAUCACUUAAUAAACUCAGCACUCACCUCUGCUGCUCUUCUGUUCUGCCUGUCUGUUCAGGUAUCAAGUCACAUCCAGGUCCUCGCCCGACGGAAGGCCAGAGAGAUCCAGGUGAAGCUGAAGGUACGCUACGUGAGUCAACUUUUUCUUGCCUUUUCACAUACAUUCAAUGUUUUUAAAGUUUGAAUAAGUUUCACGGAUUUUUGAUUGACUUUGCAACAAACUCAGAGUGUCAUUUGUCUGAAUCUGCAGAGGUUUUUGCUACUCCUCUUUACUGUGUGCACCAAUGUCCUGAAAAAAUGUACUGCUGAGAAAAAGUUAUGAUCGUGACUGAUUUAUUUGAUCAUGAAUCUUGGAAAGUUUCUGAAUCAAGUUCAGACCAGAAUGUCUGCAUUGGUGAUUUCACUCCAGUCAGGAAGCAGCAGAUGAAAAGAGACCACGUAAUUUCCUUUUUAUUAUUCACCAUCAUAAUGAAGUUUCUGUUUUGUUCAAGGUAUUCUGGCAUCCGUGGCCCCUGCACUGACUCGUAUUCACGUUCCAUUAACACAAAGGCACAAACCAUUGGCUAUUUUAAUUGCACUAUCUAAUUGAUGCUAGCUUUAAAUGGGAAGCUGACACAUUUUGAUGAAAUGUGAACAUAUUUCAUGAGGCCCGGGGCUUACUGUAGAGCACACCAUUAUGAACAAGAUGAAGCAAACGCAAUAGCCAGGAAACAAAUUAAUCCCUGCAUUAUUCCUUGCAGGUAUUAUAUUUGAUAAGUACAUUAAUAAAAGUUUUCCUUUGCUAGGCUGAGAGCUUACUUUCUCAGUUUACAUUUCUCAUCCGCAUAUGCCCGCACACUUGCAGGACUCUCCCUCACCUUGGACUGUAGCCACAAGGGUUCAGCUGGCAGCCCCAGCAUCGGUCACAGGGUUGGCCCCUGUGACAGGCUCUUUUAAAUACGUCUUUGGUGUAACUGAGCUCCCUGCCACAUGUAACCCCCAUAUUUCAGCUAUGCCCUUGUGUUAGCCAGUUCUGGGAAGAAGAAUGCACCCCGUGGCCUUGCCCAUUAGGGCUGGGCGGCAAGUGCUUGUAGUCCUCUGUGGCUUGGAAACUGCUGAAGGAGUGGAUCAAAAAACAAGAGGGAGAUCGCAUUACAUGAUAACACACUGCAGAUAAUUCUAAAUCUAUCCAGCCAAUUUGAUUUGUGAGAUUUAAUUAGCAAUUAACAAUUCUGAUAAAAUUGUCAUCGCAUUAACGUAUCACCCUGUAUCCUGACUUGACUUCCAGUUUGACCUCUAACAGAAGCCACAUGUCAUCACCGGCCUGCCCCUGCCAAAGCAAUAAACUUAACUCUUGACCUAAAGGUCCUUGACUGUAAUAUCAGCUUCUCCUCAGCUCUUCUCCUGGCUGGGGCUCACCCGUGAUGCAAGCUGGCCUCAGCCCCACACUUCCCAUUUUAGGACUCUGCUUACUGCUGAAGUGAGGCGUAGACUUAAAAGGAGUCCGACAAUUUCCUUCCCUUUGCAUGAUCGUCUUGUUUGUCUCCCUUUGUCUCUGCACAGGACCAGGCCGCCAAAGACAAGGCCCUGCAGAGUAUGGCCACCAUGUCCUCAGCACAGAUCAUCUCACCGACCGCUUUCCAGAACAAGAUGGCUCUCCAGGGCCUGUCCAGGCCGCCCUACCCCACGACUGGUGGGGUGAGUGUCCUACUUGUUCUGAGUCUGUUUAACAGACCAAGCAUUUCCCAGUCUGUCAACAGAAAACUUUGAUCAUGGCCAGUUACCAAUCUGGCAUACAUAAGCUGUGUUCGAGUUACCUCGGAUGUCAGAUGUCCGAGCUGAAAAUGACGUCACACCCGAGUUACCAGCAUUUCAGUUACAAAGUCGGAAAGUCAGAAACAAGAUGGCUACAUCUAUGAAAGUUAUUUUAGCGCUUGCCUCGUCUUUGCUUAUAUUCGGACAAGGAAAGUGCUAAAAUAACUUUCGUAGAUGUAGCCAUCUUGUUUCUGCCUCCGAUUUUGCUUUUCGUCUGACUUGGUAACUGAAACGCUGGUAAUUUGGGUGUGACGUCAUUUUCAGCUCAGACAUCUGACAUCCGAGGUAACUCGAACGUAGCAAUACUUACACAAAAUACUAAAAUCCACAGUUAGAAUAGAUGGUAUUUAUGUGAUAGUUUGCUGGAAAACAUGAAAACAAGUUCUUCAAAAAAUAUUUAUUGAAAAAAUGUUUUAUUAAAAAUAUUUAGCUAGGUAUAGCGUAUCCUCACCUGAAAAUGUUGUAUUAUUUGAGUUUAUGUCAACCCAAUCCAAUCCGCUUUAUUUAUAUAGCACAUUUUAAAAAACAUUCAAGUUUACCAAAGUGCUGCGCAGUAAAAUUUAAAAGAACAAACACUACAGAAAACAUCACAAGGAAAUAAAAGCAGGUAAAUAAACAUUUAAAAUGAAAUGAAAUAAAAACACAAUUUGAAGCUUGUUGAGUUAGCAUUAUUUUUGGUUCUAUGAUACAGAAGUUUGUACACACACUAAGCUUUUUUAAAGAAGGAUAAAGAGUGUUUUAUUUGUCCUAGAAAUAUAUCAAACUAUGGGCAGAGUGCUAGGUUACAUUAUGCUCGUACAGAUUUUUCUUUUCCCUUUUAUAACAAGUUUUAUGUGAGAUGGAUAAACAUACACAAACUUCUUUGCACUCUUUUUUUCGUCUCCAGUUUUGGCACGGGGCUCUUCCAGGACAGCCAGGCAGCCAUGAAGAGUGAGUAGCUGUUCUCUCUGCUCUGCAUUGUCAAUCAUUUCUCAUGUGAUCAGCCUAAUAACCAUCAGAUAAAUAUCAGUCGGGAACUGAAACUCAGAACAAAUUAAUACAAAUCAGAGCAAUUAUACAGAAGAGUCUUCAGACAUCUGACUUCCAGCACACUGCUCUGCCCCCCCCUCGCGUCUUUAGGGGUCAGGCGGUCCAAUUAGUACGUGAGGAGGGGUCAUGAGGCCGAGACGGUGCAUAACAUGCCUCUCUCCCUCUCUUGUCUGUCUCCUCUCUGCAGCAUUAAGCCCUUCUCCCAGCAGAGUUACGCCAUGCAAGCGUCCGGCCCGACCCCCAUAACAGGUGGGUGUUCUGCCUGCCCCCCCCCCCGCUGUGUUGACAGAAGACUGUCAUGCUGGCAAAGUGAUGAGAAUACGCGGCUCGUGAUGAAGAGCUCAGAGAAAUAGCUGCUAUAUCGCUGCAUUUUCUUUUGAUGUUUUUACAUUGUCACGCUCACGCCGCACAUUCACGCACUCACUGGCCUUUCUCUCUCUGCAGGUUAUGAAAGCACGGCCGGGCUGCAGAUGUCUCCCGGUGCCCCCCCUUGGCAGGGGAGGAGUAUUGCCAGCUCAAAACUGAGAAUGCUGGAGUUCUCCGCCUUCCUGGAGCAGCCUCAGGACCCAGAGACUGUAAGCAGACCAGACAGGACACAGCUUCGUCUUAUCUUGAGUCCACUAUGUUGUUUACUCAUUAUCAUAUAAUUCAGUUUAAUCUUUUUUAGGCAGGUUAUACUGUUAAGAUCCUUUAGAGAGAUCUAGUCAUUCAUGCAGCAGCAAUAUGAAGGAAGAAAACAGGAGGAGGAGAUUAAAUAUAGAGAAAGAUGGAAGUUAAAUACAACAGAAAUUGAGCAAAAUUUUCAAAAAUUACCAACUGACAGAUUUACAAAUCUUGUUGCAAAUUAUUAUUCCUGCACAUUUUUUUAAACUCUUUUUGACUUUUGCCAUUUGUAGCCCUGUUACUGAAAUUUCUGUCAUUUUUUAGGGAAAAAUAUCUUUGCACAAACUUUAAUCACACAUCUUUUUUGAAGCAACAGCCGAAUCUUGAAGGGUUUUAAAAAUGUCAUUCAAGGUACCAGCUACCUGCUAAGCAUGGAUGCCUGCUGCACCUCUGCCCGUGCCUUAAAUCCCGCUUCAGGGAACUCUUCUUUGCAGAUGCCUUGGCUCUUCAAUCCCAUACAAAAUAAUAAAAGAAGUUGCAAUUUGCUUUAAAAUAAUUACCAGUUUUUAAAAUGACGGUGACGCUAAAUUUGACACCUAUCUCUGUAUUGCAUUAUAAAUAUAUUUUUAAUGUGUUAUAAUCACGUUGUAGCACUGUAGUUGUAAACACUCAUAAAUGAUCAUAAUGUUUUAUAGCAAUAAUCAUAACAUGAUAUAAAGCAUUUUAUCAUGAUUUACAAGGUCAGGUAUUAUAAUGUGUUAUAACUGUUAACAACAGUUGCAUUGCAUUAUCUAUGUGGGCAUUGUCAGUGAGUUGUUAACAGUUAUAACACGUUAAAAUACCUGACCUUGUAAGUCAUGAUAAAAUGCUUUAUAAUGUGUUAUGAUUAUUGCUAUAAAGCAUUAUGAUCAUUUAUGAGUGUUUAUAACUAUAGUUAUACAGUGCUAUAACGUGAUUAUAACGCAUUAUAAAUAUAUUUAUAAUGUGUUAUAGAGAUAGGCGUCAAAUAAAGUGUUACCAAAAAGACAAUCCCACCAAAAAGUAAACUUCUUCACCAUAGGGUUGAAUUUACCUUGGAAAAGACAGAUUUUUUUCAUUUAAUGCGUAAAACAAAGUAUUUUUUGUGUAAUGAUCCACGAUCAAAGAGAGGUCAGUUGUAUAGAUGAAUAAAUAUAUACUCACAGUUGUGAUUGAAGUGCAAAGAUAAGGGUGGGAACAUUGAAUAGAGGUGAUUCAGUGCAGCAGAAGGCGCAGCAUGACAGAUGCGCACAGCACCUGGCAUUAUUGGCACUUUAUCAAACCGGACACUUGUCAUUUUUUGGCUCUAUUCAUCUCCUGAAAUGCACUCCUGUCUCUGCAGUUCAACAAGCACCUGUUUGUGCACAUCGGCCAGUCCAACCCCAGCUACAGCGACCCCUACCUGGAGUCCGUGGACGUCAGACAGAUCUACGACAAGUUCCCCGAGAAGAAAGGAGGCCUGAAGGAGCUGUUCGACAAAGGCCCGCACAACGCCUUCUUUCUCGUCAAGUUUUGGGUAACGCAUGUUUAAAAGCUUUAGAUCGGUCCAGUUCCAAUCUGUAAGUUCAUUUAAGUUAAUUCAAAACCAACACAAAUCUCAGUUAAACACUCUGUAGUUGUGGACGGCUUUAUAGAUACGAGUAAAUAAUCCUCCCUCAUGAACAGUGAACACUCAUGAUAACGUUUUGCAGCACCUGUUGGACGUUAAAGGCCUAGCGGUGUUAACUGUGUUGAGAGAGCUUUAGCAUCAGAGCGAAAGGAACUUAAAUGUGAGUUCAAGCUAGAAUGAAUGGAAAGUCAUCACUCUCAUGACCUGAUUGGUGGUGUGUGUGAGCCAGCAAAGAAGGCUGUGCCGCACUGCAUGCAUCAGGCGUGGGUGGACAUGUACGUGUCUGUGAUAUGUGUGUGUGUAUUGUGUGUGACAGCAGCCUUGGAGAGAGUGGCAGGCCUGAUCUUUCACUAGAGGAAAUAUGAAGCCAGGCACCUGUUUCUGUGCCAUUAGGCCGAGUCCAACCCUUAUGCCAACCCCCCUCCCCAUAUACUUAUUUAUAGAUAAGCUCCCUCAAAACAUACACACACACACAAACACACACACAGCUCCACAUCACACAAAGAGAUGAAAAGCUAAAACAUCAUGACAAAGGUGUGACGGAACAAAGACUGAUGGAGAGUGAUACAAAUAAUCAAAAAGGUAGAAAAGUUGACAACCAAAAGUCAUGCACAGAGAUUUAGCCAAAGAGCAACAUUGAUUUAAGCGGGGUUUGCAUUUUUUUUCACUGGCGUCCACUUUGCAUCAGCUGAUCUGGCCACCUUGCUCUCCCCCUGACAAGACCUUUGGUAUUUGGAUGGUGUACAACAUGUACACACUUAAAAAAAACCCACCCCCUUCCUUACCUCAGGCAUAUCCCACUACAUUUGCAGUACAUACACUCUGUACUCGAAAAAACUUUUAAUAAUACACAGUAUUUGAUUCAAAAGCUUUUCUAAUCUUUGUCGUGUUUGCUUUACUUACAUCAAGAUUAGCAUGAUGAAGAUUAUGCCUGGGAUUACAAAUCUGUAAUUCCUGCUCUGACUCAUGAUGUUUUGAGAGUUCAUGAACUUCUCACUGGUUUAGAAAUGUUUAGAACCACAAUAGAGAUUUUACUGUGAUACCUGUGAGAUAUCAACAAAUAUAUAUAUAUAUAUAUCAAAAAAUAAACAGUUUAUACAACUGUUAAUGUUACUAUGAAACUGUUAAUAAUUACAGUAAACGCUUCAGUGUAAUGGCAAAUAUAAGAUAUAUAUUGAUCUCCAGUACUUGCAAAAUCGACCAAUUUUAGCCCGUUUGAGACUUAUCAGUAAUCGGCCAAAACUCGCCGAUUUUCGCUGAUAAAUGUGAAGAAUAAGACUCAGUUUCACUUCGAAAAUGUUCCGCCAUUUGAAAAGUUCCCCAACUUAUCCUGUAGAUGGCGCAGCGACCUCAUGACAAUCUUCAUCCACUAACUACCUCACAGCACAGCAGAGUGACGGAUCUAAAAGACGGAUCGUAGUUGAAAAUGCUUUUUUGUCCGAGUUUGAUCAGUCGGUCUUCCUGUCGGCCUGAAGAGUAGUAGCCUACACUAUAUCUACAGUAUAUAAUAUACCAUAGAUAUCUACAGUAUAUAUGUAUUUUUUAGAACUUAAAAAAUUUUAAAAAUCGGCCGAUUAUUUGGUAAUCGGAUUUCCCCCCCCUAAUAAUUGGUAUCGACUUUGGCCCCCAAAAAUCACUGUUGGUUGGGCCCUAACUUGCAUAUUGAAAAAAGCACCAACUAAUCAAAACAAAAUACGUAUUUUGAUGAGCUUGCACAUCCUUAAAUUAUUAACGCUUACUAUAAUAUAUACUUUUGUCACAAACAUGGAUUGCGGUCUAGAAAUUUUUUUUCUCCCAUAUUAAAACUUUUAGUCUACCAGCUACUAAUGAGAUGGCACUAUUAUAACAAAACCAUUAAUAUAUUUUAGACACUUUGGUAUCUGAUAUGCAACUGCAACCUUUGCACACUGAAAAUACACAAUAAAGGGAACAGAAUGACCCUGUGAUUUUUGAUUAAAAGGGGAAAUUUGGGGUUAUCAAAACAAUGUGAGCAAAUAGUAUGCGACUGAUUUAAAAGAGGUACGAUAGGACGAUCGGACCAGAAGAGUCUGCAAUCCUCCUCCUAAACUGCUAAACUUGUCAGGUUACCAUAUUUGUUUUUCAGCGCACUAACGGCGCCGUGUCUGUUUUUAAACUUUCAGGGUCAUGUACAUUUUUGUGUUGUUCUCAAGAACUUAAACCUUGCAGAGCCUCAAUAAACUCACCACAUUUUAAUAUCUAAAGGACGUGUUCUGAUUUAGAGCUUUGGGAGGUUGGCUGAGGUUAGGUAUGUCUGUCAUAUUUGUCUACAAUAACCUUCUUGGUUGUUGUUUCAGUCGCACUUCAAUCGAAUCCUUCUACUUCUUUGAUUUGGUGAAAAAAAUUGGCGUUUAUUGUAAAUUUUCACCAAAUAAUGCCUCCAAACCACCAACCUCAACACUCGAUGUUGCCUCACUCUGAUCCACUUUGUCAAAAAUGUGCCACUUGGACUUGAAAGCAGAUUUAUAAUAUAGCCUCAAGUGUUGUGCAUCCGAGAGCCAAAGACUGUGAAUGUCAAGUUCAAAGUGCCGCCAGUGAAACCAAUGCCACCGCAUGUAUGUUUGACAUUACCCCUCUCACAUGUUUGACUGCCACAUUAUUUAUUGUGAGGGAUAAAAGACACGGGUGAGUGACACCAUUUUGGAAGUAGUCUUCUCUGGUCCUUGGGAAGAGCAGCUGGUCAGCAUGGCAUUUGAUUCAUGGGGUGGGGUGGGGGGAGAACGGGGUGAGUCACCUCGCUGUAUAUCAUAAAGAAAAAUAGAGCAAGACAGCAAUAAAGAAGAGGAGGUAGAAAUAGAGACAGAGACGGUGUGAACAAGAGGCAGGGAUCGCAGGAGAAAUGGUGAGUGGCAAGUAACCAACAAAUCAACAGGGAGAUAUUAUACUGCCUUGAUUCAUGUCGGAGCUCAGUGGAGUCAACAGUUAUGACAUGUGCGAGUCCCCUCUGGAGAAAAAAACAUGCUUAUAAUACUGUCCCCUCUUGGUCUGUUUGUCUUAUUGUUUCCCAAGGGGAUCCUACAAUUCUCAAGGCAUCCUUGACAAAAUACAGAAAUUUAACAAAACUGCUGCAAACCAAUGCCGGUGAAAAACAAGAAUAGAUCCUCCCGGUCAUGAAAAGAAGCAAAAUGAAAUCCUCAGCACAUCUGAAAACACCAUAACUGUAUUAACGCCAUCAUAAAAGACCAGAAGAGCUGAGUUGAUGUUGCAGGUCAUGACUCGGGGGUGUGCUGAGGCGCAGGUUGGCAUGGUGACGGUGACAGGCGGCAGGCCAUCCUCCAAAGCUAUGGCACUCUAGAUUGAAUUCCCAGCAAACCUCCAUGUCGGCCGCUGGCUGCCCUGCCCCUCUCCCCACCGUCCUCCUCGGCCCUGGGCGCCCGUGGCCCUGUCCUAACGGAUUGUCUCACGCCUUUGAAGUGCCGAGGGAAUCCGAUUUGAGCCGCCUCUGCUAAAUUGUUACACAGCCAGCCUGCCCACCCUGAUCUAAUCAGCCAAUUGCACGCUGCUGAUUGUAAUUGGAUGAAUUCCCUCGCAGGCUGUUAGGGAAGCAGGGAAUGGCGGUUUGGGGAGGGUCACUGGGCCCCAGGGAUGAAGACAAAUAGAGGAAUUACAUGAGCCAGGGAUGAAGAUGAACAGGGUGAUGAAGAGAUGAGAGGAGGCUGAGCGGUGUCUCAAUGGCUCAUUAGGAGACAAGAGCCCAACAGGGGAAAGGGUAGAGCAGCCGAGCUGUCUGACUGACGAGAGGUCUGAUCCAAAAUCUGAUUAUACCUGCCUCAGCUGGGCCAGUCAGAGGAUCAGACAUAGGUGAAUCUGCACGAGGAUGAGGACACUUGAUACUCUUUUGCCUUGAAUUUAACCUGUUACGUCAAAUUUUAACACAGGUAGAUGAUGGACUUGUGUCUUGUGAUGGGUUGUCAUGUUUCUUCAGUCAAGAAAACAGCAGAGGGUUUUGCUAAACUUUUUAUGGUGACAUACCAGGAAAUUAAUGACUUCUUUUAUAUAAAAUCCAUCAUUGGUUACAACCACCUUUUUUUUGUGAACAACUUUUUUAUUGCAUUUAAAGGAAAACAAGUACAGAAGUCCAAUAAAGGUAUCAGGUGCAUUGCAAUCCAAUAACAAGAAAAAUAAAUGAAUUUUAAAAUAAAUGAAUAUUAAAAUAGGGACCAUGCGGCGAACCCCCACCCCCUAACUUAUUGUAGCAUACAAUAAGUGUGUCCGAUAUUGUAGCACGCUAACUUUGUUUCAGCUCCUGAACGACACGAGGGAGCAGCGUCCGCCUCACAACCAAUCAGGAUGGGGAAGGCGGGGAACGGCUUUGUUUACAGUUAGAAAGAGGGUAGCUCAAAAUUUUUAAUUGUUGACUACACAGACAUAACAAAACACAGCGAUAUCGGGAUAUUACCAAAUGUCAUCAAUGAAUAAUAGCUAUUGACUGAUAUUAAAAACUUUUUUGUAUAUACAACACAAAAAACGAUGCUUCUUUAACGGAUUCCUGCCUAUCCCACCUUUAAGUAGAAAUACAGGGUAUCUGUUCUUUACUGGAGUGAUUAUUUUUCAGCUGACUUUUUUCUUCUACUCUUUACAUUUUCACACAGUUAUUUGUACUUUCUACUCAAAUUUUGUAAAUAGCCUCGUUACUCCAGCAAGGAAAAAUGCAAAUGCAAUUUCAAAUGAAAUCACCGUUGUCAACAUAUCAUUACAUGUAACUGUGUUUCAGUCACUGGGCGUGAACUUUUUUAAAACAGUAUAUUUGCAUUAUACUAGAAUGUGUUUAUUUUCAAUUGGCAUAAAUGCAGCCGAAACAGGUGCAUCCCAAAAUAAAUAGUUUUGAAACCAGUAAUUUUACACUUUCACUUGAGUAAAAAGCUUGAGUGGAUACUUGAACUUCUACAAAAGUCUUUUUAAACCCUAGUAUCUAUGCUUUUACUCAAGUAAUGAAUGUGAAUACUUUUGACACCUCUGCUUGCAAGGUGCUAACCUUGAGUGUGACAUCAGGUGGAAAUAUCCGUAGUGUGAAUAUGGACAGAUGAUAAAAAAUACACGAGCUACAGCAGAUUUUAGUUCUUUAAAACCUUUAAAGAGACUUUUUGCAUAAACUGUUAAUUUAAAGAUCAACAUUUUCCCCUUCGCCUGCAUACAAAACAUAUGCCACUGUAUGUGUUUUGUAUGCAGGCAAAGGAGACACAGUGAAACACAACAUCUUGGGAAUCUGAGGGCUGGAUUUGACAGCGUUGUACAGGGUUAAUAAGGAUUGGACCAUCGGAUUCCUCAUGGCUUUACAGAGAAUCACUCUCAAGCUUUGUUGAGCCGUAACACUCUUGGUGAUGUCUUUGUCAGACUGUUCCUUGAGAUCCAUAUCUGUGAGCAGAACAUGAUAUUUUGACAUAGAUUAUAGAGAUGUUUUUGUAUAUCCUGUAGAUUUUGGAUGAUCUCUCAGGCACACUUGUCUUAGAUGAAAGAAAGGCAGAAAAUCCUCCUUCGUAUUUACACAGUACCAGACUGAAUUCAGGGUUUCUUACAUGGUUAACUGAUAGGUGUGUGUGUGUAAUGAUCCCUGACAUGUUGUCUGUGUCUCAUCUCCAGGCGGACCUUAGUGUAAACCUACAGGAUGACAGCAGCUUCUUCUAUGGUGUUUCCAGCCAGUAUGAGAGCUCUGAGAACAUGAUUAUCACCUCAUCCACCAAAGUCUGCUCCUUUGGCAAGCAGGUGGUAGAGAAAGUAGAGGUAAGACAUGCACACUGAAGGUUGAAGCUGCUGUGAAGAGGGUUAAACCUGAAACUAACAGAGAUGCCUCAACCUACAAAAGCAAUCUAGACCAUUAGCAUGAGGACUGAAAUGUGUUUUCCUGUUAAUUUAAAUGCCUGUAAGCAAUGCAAGGGGAAUGAGCUAGAUGACACAAUCACAGCACAGGGAAGUAUAUAACUAAUAGGUUCUCUACAGCAAAUACUCUGAAAUGAUGCUUUGAGUUCGUGGACUUAUUCUUUAUCCAGUCUUUGUUUAUCUUGUCCUCUGAUAAAAGUUUCAUCACACAUUUACUUUUGACUGUCAUCAUCAUUUUUAUGUAAAUAUCCCUUAAUUUCUCUAAUAUUGUUUCUGUAAAUUUGGAAUUUCCCUCUGUGGGACAAAUAAAGGAAUAUCUUAUCUGAUCUUAUCUUAAAUUUCAUGUGGAACUAAAAGUUUUCUUUUUAUUAUUAUUUGUUUGCUUUUAUUUAUCAUAAAAAAGGGCAUUAAUAUUAAAAUUAGAAGAAAAAAAAACUUCUCACUGGAGCUUUAACGGUACAAGACAAAAUCAACAAAGAUUUAAGAGGUAUCACUUUGUCCACAAGGGGGUGCCAAAUUUGACGUAAACAAAAAGUUCCCCCCUGGAGCUUUAAGUUGUGAUUUCUUCUUUCCUUUCUACUUGUCUAGUUUGCAGGUAGUUGAAUACUUUGGUUUGUAUGUUGGCUGGCAUAUUUUCCAUUUUCUGCAAUCUUUUUUUGUUUCUUUAAUGAGAGUGCUUCAUCAUUUCAAGGUUUGAGGUUAUUAGAAUUAAAAUGUUACCUCUUAUUAAACAUGAGAGACUUUCUAAAAAGGUUAAAUUGAUUUACACAGUUGUUUGUCUUCAACCAUUUCUUAUAACUUGAAUAAUUUUAUUUAUUUACUUUAUGUACUCACUUACUCAAUUUCCAACUUACUUAUUUUCUAAUGUACUUACUUACACAGUGACUAACUUAAUUUUUAACUAAUUUACUUACUUUCUAAGCCACUUAUUUUCUUAUUUAGUUACUCACUUGCUUACUGUCUAACUUGCUCUUACAUGUUGACUUAUUUUAAUUACUUUCUGACUAACGUUGCAAAAACUGUACUUCCAACAGGGACCAGGGUAUAAUAUAUAGUAUAAUACAAUUAUUGCAUAGUGUUAUGCGGUCUUUAAGGGUAUAUCCUAAUUUUUAAGUAGUUUUGGUAUAAAACUUAUUGUAAUCAUUAAGUGUUUUCCUUCAUUUAUCAAUACAGAAAAAGCAAUCAUGUCAGUCCCUGUACUUAUGUUCAUCCAGUGUUUUUGAAAACAGGGCUUUUUACACUUAUCAUCCAUGAACUACAUACACUUUGUGGUCACAGUUUAAGAAGUUUGCAUCACUGAUUGCUUGAUAAAUGUGUGAUAUUUCAACACUCAGAGGUCAUGAUUGCGUCAAAAACCGCUAUUAUCACCCUGAGAAGUGAAUAAAUGCUGCUGGUAGGGAGGGAUUCCAGUCAGUUAGCGCUGAUCUGUGGUCAGGAAACUGACGUGAUCCUUAAAUCUCCUCAGCAUGACUAACCGCUGUGCUUCCCGUUAACUGGACGCAGUAGCGGCCCUGCCCCCAACUGCUGCUGAUGGAUUGAACAAUAUAAACACACACACACACACACACACACACACUCCAAGGUAGAGCCAUCUGCCUCAGUGUGCAACAUGAUAUUUAAUGGCUAUAUUAUUUGAUUAUGGUUGUCACGAGAAAUAUGUUUAUUGUUCUUUUUUGGCAUGCCAUAUGCUGCAUUAGGUUUAUUAUAUUACGCAGAUUACAGCCUAUGUUCCAGAUGUUUAUAUCCAAUGUUUCUAAUCCACUUUUAGUGGAAUAUGCAUCACAUUUUUUAACAGUAGAUUUCACAUUUAAACCUGUAAUGUGUUUCAAAUUCUCUUUACACACGAUCUAUGUUCACAUAUAUUGGAUUGCGUGCCUCAUUGCAUAAUGUGAAUGUUUUUUUUUUUCCCAGACGGAGUACGCACGUUUUGAGAAUGGGCGCUAUGUUUUUCGAAUCCACCGCUCCCCGUUAUGUGAAUAUAUGAUCAACUUCAUCCACAAGCUGAAACACCUGCCAGAGAAGUACAUGAUGAACAGUGUACUGGAGAACUUCACUAUCCUACAGGUAAACACAGCAAACCAUGUGUAUACUGUGUAUAAAUAUAUAUGUGUGCUAAAGAGGCUGCUAAAAAUGGAAUAUAAAAUUCACAAGUAUAUUUAAACAACUGUAUAAUCACCAGAUUAUAAGAAUGUAUAAAUAUUUUUUGUUAACUAAGAGUGACUCUUUCAAAUCUGCGUAGGAAGUCCACUGAAGCUGAGAAUGGACAAACUAUGUGCCUGCAGACUUUUGUAUUUAAUGAGUAGAUGCUAAAAAUGCACAUGUUGAAAGAUGACAAAGAAGAGGACAGUGCUUUGUUGUUGAUACAAGUGUUGUAUAGUAACAAUCUGACAAACGUAGGAUGAUAUUUAUGAUAUAUCUCAGUAGCUUAUUGUCCUCAAAGGCCACUGUUGCUUCACUGACAGAAGGGGUUAGCAAGGGAGCCUUUCAGUCUCUUCCCACCUUGUAAAAAGUCUAACACUGCUGCAGAUUUAUUAUCCAAACUGUGCAUCGAUCAUUUGACUUAGUUCUAACUGAACUCUACCAAAGCCAACACAAAAAAGCAGCGAAUUUAUCCAGUGUGAUAAAUGAAACAGUGGGUUAGCAUAAGAGGUUUUGCUUGCCUUACCUACUUUUCCCUGAAUCGAUUUCUAAAUUAAAGAUCUGAAGCAAAUACAGUAAAUUAGCAUUAUGGAUUGUUAUUUCUAAGGACUGCUCAAUUCGAUAAGCAAAUACUGCUUUGUCCACAGGGGGCGCGAGAGUUAUUGCGAUCUAAAAGUUCCUUGCAGGAGCUUUAAGAUAAAUCUGGAUAUGAGUAAUUGUCUACAACACUUUCAUGUACUCUUUCCUUCAUCUUUUGUGUAGUUCCGUACAUACCACGGAGAGAGGAUAAGAGCACACAGGGCCACGUGAACCUCGUGUGUGUGAAUCUCUUUUUUUAAACUCAAAGAGCUUUUUGCAGACGUCACACUGGUGUAAAGGGUGCGAUGCAGGAAAAAAAAAAGAAGCUGCUCGGUGUCUGAAUGAAUAAGCUUAUGCUGUUAAAGUUCCUCUGGGUAGCUAUGACAGACCAUUAACAGCUGGCAGCAAUCCUUCCCUGCUCAUGAAAAGCAAUUUGUACAGUUCCUCGCAGAGUUGAAACAUUCUGUCCAUUUUACUGCUAGUCAGACUUUUCUGAAUGAGCCCAUGCGCUCCACAGAGAAGGAAGUGAAUAGAGUGGGGUAUAUUGCCAUGGUAACAAAGUGGUCCUCAACACCAGGGUUCAAAGACAUUGGUGUCCCUAGCACUGGUGGCUGCAUUCCUACUUGUCGAGGGACAAUGACCACAUUGAGCCCACACUGACGACUACAUGGCAGCAUGUCAUUAGGUUUCUCAAUGGGCUGAUUUAGCUCAUAUUAGCCAUGAGCAGCUCAUUAACAGACGUCCACACAUACAUGCACACACACACACAUAAACAAAAGACACAUGCACCCACAGACUCCACAAUGUGAGGCUGAGCACAAUGGAGCGGUAGGCCUCAUGUAACAUGUGUUCAGUGCAUAAUGAAAUGCUAAAGUCGUGUGAUUGUUUAUACACUUCUUGUUUGUAUUUACAACUUUGCGAGACAUUAAAGAGCUGAACAUUUUAACCACGUAUUUAUUAUAUUGUUUUGAUUUUGCUCUGAGUACAUGGUGUAUUAUAUAAAGCUGUGUUUUUAGCUGGACUCAAGCAAACUACAACUAAUAUUACUGUCCAACAAAUAAGACUGUAAUCGACAAGAUCUACUUUCCUUUCAAUUUUAAAUUUAAGGUCCUAUAAGAGGCACUUCAAUGUUUAUGAAAUAGACUGAAAUUCACAUUGAUGUCUUUUUAUCCAAGAGUAAAAAAACAUGACCAUCAGCAGCAAGAUUGAUCAUUUUUGCAUCGUAAUAUCAAUGCUAAAACAGGUUUGAGGGGGGUAGGUGUCGACUAAGCGACUGAAGAAACAGCAACACAAUUUGUUUGUUUUUUAUCAAUCAAAAGUCAAUAGAAUGAGAUUUUUUGUUACAAUUUAAGCAUAUAUAGAGGACAAGAAAGGCAAUGAUUGCUUUUUCCACCAGGGGGCACCAAAAUUGACACAAACUGUAAGUCUCUCAUAGGAGCUUUAAUUGUCUCUGGUGAGUUGGUGUCAGACAAACAGCUUGAGAGAGUCUUUUAUUAGAUCUGAAAUGAUAUCAACUAGCUGUUUCUAAUAACGAGUUUUUACACCUGAAGAUAAUUUGGAAAGAGUAUUUUAAACGCAUAAAGCUAGUUUUGACAUUUGAGGGUGAAAAUAAUAUUUAUGGAGCAGGAAAAAUAUCGUGGGUUGUUAUUUAUGUGAUGUUUUUAACCUCUGUUAGUCAGACUUUUUCUCACACACUAACUCAAAACGCAAGAUUUUUAGCUGACAUUUACAAAUUUGUUUUUACUAAUUAUACCACCAUGAAAAGAGGCCUUUGUUUUUGUUUGUAUAGUGUUUGUGUAUUAAAAGCUAUUAAAAAUUCAGUGAUUAUUUCUUUCCCUACAGGUCUCACAAGAACUUUUAUGAAUUUCUGUGAAGUCUAAUGGUUAUUUUAUUUGUUGCUCCUCUACAUACCAUGUUUAUAGACCACAUUUUGAACACCUGGAUAACAUUUUUUCCCUGUGUUUGACCACAGGUGGUGACUAACAGGGACACACUGGAGACCCUCCUUUGCAUAGCUUACGUCUUCGAGGUGUCCACCAGUGAGCACGGUGCACAGCAUCACAUUUACAGGCUAGUCAAAGACUGACACACUUGGAGCUCACCUGCUUAAGACCCAUUGUAGCACCUCAGUGAACAACUACAGUAAACAACGGACUACUUCCUCCCCAAGCUUAAAGCUGAAACCGUAUGAGUUGGUCAGGAGCCCAGAGAAACUCUGGCUUUGUAAGCGCGCCCACGAACACUACUACUGCUGAGGAUUUGGGAUUACAGAAGCUGGAACAGGCUUUGUGUGAAAAGUGGUGAAAAAAGAGGACCAUGAUACACUGUGGUCUCUAUACCAAAGGAGCCAAACCAGACCUGCAUGAGAACGUUGUUGAAAGUUGGUGGUGUUAUUCAUCUCAUUUUACUUGUGCUUGUUUUUGAUUUAAAUUCUUAUACACACAUGCAUGUGCAGGGGAUGUUUGCUUCAGAUUAGUUCAGCUGCCUCGGGAUGCCCCCUAGUGACUUCAGUAAAAAAUAGCAACCGGGGGAAAACUCAAACAACUAGACUGGGAACCCCUCCUUUGCACAUCCAUAAACGAUCACUGUUUUUGGUGCCAUUCUUUUGUGUUAUUUGAGAAUUUGAGUAAUUAUGUACAGUGUCUGAUACACCUCCUCUAAACUGAUUUAUGAAGAAAGAGGCUAAAAUGAUUUAAAAGAGUUAUUGUAUUCACUUUGUUUGAUGUUUAAUGUUUAAUGUUUAAUGUUAAAUGUUACUUGUAUUGUCUUAAUGUUUCUGAUUGAAAUGAUCUGACUACAACAAAAAGGCACAUAACACUGCUAACUUGAACCAGAUUUAGAUCUGUAAGCUGAUGACAGAGGUUGUCUGUAACUGAAAACUUGCCCUGAAGUGUCAGAUGAAAAUACAAGUGUUUCUUACAAAGCUGA